GUCGCCCCCACUGUCCUCCUCAGUGUCACCACCACUGUCCUCUUCAGUGUCGCCCCCACUGUCCUCCUCAGUGUCGCCACCACUGUCCUCUUCAGUGUCGCCCCCACUGUCCUCCUCAGUGUCGCCACCACUGUCCUCUUCAGUGUCGCCCCCACUGUCCUCCUCAGUGUCGCCACCACUGUCCUCUUCAGUGUCGCCCCCACUGUCCUCCUCAGUGUCGCCACCACUGUCCUCUUCAGUGUCGCCCCCACUGUCCUCUGCUUCAGCUUCCUGCAUGGUAGAUGAUGAAUAUGCUGCAGAUGCACCUCCCUGUCCUUGGUUGAGCCUCCGAUUAGCUGUCUCCAUCCACAGGUCAACAGCAGGCUUUGGGUCAAAUGUCUCUGUGGUCUGUUUUGACAGGUGAAUGUGCAUCAGGGCUGAGAGACGAGCAUGUGACAGACGAGAUCUGUACUUGGUUUUUAUUAUGUUGAGAUGUGAGAAUCCCCUCUCCCAAGCUGCACUGCUUAAAGGCAGUGUAAGAGACAGCUUAACCACCUUGUUGAUUUUGGAGUUAGCAUCUGGGUUACUUGUAUUUACUAUUUGGACCAAGUCAUACACAGAAGAGGCUCGCAAGCGUUUUCCUGCCUGCUUUAAGCGCACCCAUUCUGUCACAGUGGUAUCUUUGUCAAGUUGCAAGGUGGCCUCAUAUUUCUUGAGAAUGCUGCAAACUGUUGUGUUUCUAAAACUCUGGAGGUCUUGCAUUUCCUGAGGCCAUGUUGAAGGAUCAAAUAGUAAGAAAUGAUCACAUGACUUGAGGGAGUCAUAUCUGAUUUCAAACAUUCAAUUAACCCCCUGAGUAAGUGUGUCUUGUCUCUGUCAGCAUCAUCAUUGGAAACAGUGUGUGCCCUGUGGCUUUCCCCAUCAAGCAGAAGUGUGAACUGUCCAAUGGCCACCAUGAGUUCAUCCUUACAUUCUCCAAUGGUCAGCUUUUCCUUCUGAAACCUAAUGGAUGUGGUCUUCAAAAUGUUGCAAAUGUCAAGCAUGUUUGACAGAAAGCACUGAAAAUGCUCUGUGCAGAUAUGCUGCAAGUCACUGUUAUCACUCGUAACCAGUUGCAUUUUAAUGGCUGGCAAUAGUCUUGAUAUUUUUAAGUGUUUCAUGCCUCCAUGCAGACCAUCUGAUAUUAUGAAACUUACCCAGUUUCACAAAGGAGAUCCCAUUUUCUUCACAUAGCUUAUUCAGUGCAGCAGUUUUUUUUGCUCCACCUUUUUGUAAAUAAAACUGCAGCAGCUUGACCACAGAGCGAUUAAAUGUCUCACAGUAAGGAACGUUACGAUCAGCUGAUUUCGCGCAAUUCUCCAGUGUGUGUGCGGUGCACAGAAUGUGCACAAGGGAGUCUCCAACCGGAGCAAGUUGCCAGAGUUUUGGCACAACGCCGUUGUAGAUUGACAGCAGCCCCGUCUGUGCACACAGCGACCAACUUUGUUGUCCAGUCAUCCAAGCCGGUGUCCUGGAAAAGUCUCACAAGUCCGUCUGUUAUGGCCUGCACGGUUCGGUCAGCACCCAAUUCAAUCAGUCCAAUAAAGUCCGAAGUAAACUCUCCGUUGCUGGACACAGACACAAUGUAAACGAUUUCCUGCUCAGUUUUUGUGAUGUCCUCAGAUCCAUCAAAAAGCAGCCCCCAAAUUUCAGCAGACUGCAACUUGGCUCGUAACUCCCCGAUGAUGGUGUGAGCGAUGCUCUGCAUGAUCCGUGUGCCCCCUUCACGUGAAUGAUAUGCACCUCCGACAUUUACUCCUAGCCGCUUCAGUAAAGGAACAUCCUCAGAAUAGGAAGACAUGGGACGUGCGUGUUUAGCUUUAUGGAAGGCGAGGAGAAAAAUAUUAAACAGAGCUUGCCGCUGUUCUUCAUUCAGCUUGUCUCGCCAUCUGGCAAGUGGGCGACUGGACAUUUCUUCUCGGCUAGCUUAGCAAUGGCUUGCGCCACAUUCGUGUGCUCCUUGCUCUUUUCAUGUUUGUCAAAUAAAGGAUGGUUGAAAUUCUUUGCCUUUAUAAAAUGCACCCGUUUUGUCUGCUAGAUGUGGAUUUGAGCGGCAAAUCUUGCACCACAUUUCAGUGCGCUCAUCGUUCGCUUCAAGCCACUGCACAUCUUGGAGCCACUUUUCCGAAAAAAGUAUUUUCUUCGGUUCUGGCUCCAGUUGGCGUUUCUUUGUAGGUGGCGAAACGCCAAAGAAGCUGCUUAAUGUCUGUUGCUUUUUGGACAUCCCUGACAGUAGUUGACAAGCAUCAUGUCAUUUGUAAGGUUAGAUGAGAAGAUCGGUCAAGUACGCAAAGGCGCGUAGUAACACAAGUGGCAUUACGCAUUCCUGAUUUUUGUCGCGCUUGCGUACCUGCGUACCAGUUAUGUGCACCCCUGAUUAUAAUACCGUUUUAAAUAGCUCAAUGGACCGUAAAGGAAAUCACACUACAAACUAUCACCCUCAUGCUCUUAAGGAAAUUGUGAAUGUCAUGGAUACAUUAGAACUAGUAGAUAUAUGGAGGCUUAAAUAUCCUGAUCUAGUGAGAUAUACAUGGCGGAGACUCAAUCAAGUUAGUCGUCUUGACUUCUUUCUUAUGUCAUUCUCGUUGGCACCAAAAGUGUUGAUAGGGGACAGAACGCGGUCGGACCAUCAUAUAAUUGCCAUAUACAUUACUCUUUUAUAAUUUAUAACUGAUUUAUAACUGAUUUUUUCCGACAUUAACAUAGGUACAGCAAAUCCCCUUAUUGUAUGGGGUUCCUUUUAGAGGCCAUGCAAUUCAGUACUCAUCUCGAAAACAAAAGCAAUUUAGGUCAAAAGAGUCCAUACUAACAAAGGAAAUGGGUCUAACAGAACAGAUAGCAAUAAAAACUGUAACAUAGAGGCUCAGAAUAAAUUAGAGGAAAAACCAAAAAUAAAUGGAGAAACUUAUUCACGAAAGAUCAAGUGUAAUAUAUUAUAAAAAAAUUAAGCAAGCUGGAUGGAACAUGGGGAAAAAUGCACCAAAUUAUUUUUUAAUCUUCAACAUAGAAAUGCUACCAAAAUUAAUUUACUGAAACUGGUUACAAAUGAUGGAGUCACCCAUGAUUCACCAAAUGAUAUUUUGAAGGAGGAAACAAAGUACUUUAAGCAUAUGUUUUCGUUUCAAUCCCUUCCAUCUCCUCUAACUGAAGCUAAUUGUAGAGAUCAUUUUUCUAUUGAUAAUGUAAAAUUAACAGCCAUGUGAAGGUGAAAUUACAGAGGAGGAACUUCUGGAUGCAAUUAAAGACUUUAAGUCCGGGAAAACUCCAGGGUUGGAUGGCAUACCAGUCGAGGUAAACCAAACCUUUUUUGAUAUACUCAGAGGACCGUUAUUAGCAUGUUUUAUCCACUCCUAUGUAAAUUGUAGAUUAUCAGACACUCAAGAAGAAGGUCUGAUUUCAUUAUUACUGAAACAGGAUACAAGUGGGAAAUAUAAAGAUCCAGUCCAUUUCAAAAAUUGGAGGCCCCUUACACUUCAGUGUUGUGAUGCAAAAAUUCUAGCAAAAUGUAUAGCGCAUUGAAUUAAAAAAGGUAUUGUCGGACAUUAUUCAUUCUAAUCAGACAGGUUUUUUACAUGGACGAUACAUUGGAGAGAAUUUAAGGCAAGUACUGGAAACAAUAGAACACUAUGAAAAAUCUGGGAAACCAUAGCAGACUUCGAAAAGGCAUUUGAUAAAGUACGACUGGGAUUUAUAUAUAAAUGCCUGGAGCAUUUCAAUUUUGGAGAAUCUCUUAUAAAUUGGGUUAAAAUAAUGUAUAGUAACCCUACGUGUAAAAUAGUAAAUAAUGGCUAUUUCUCCGAAAGUUUUAAACUGUCAAGAGGAGUGAAACAAGGUUGUCCACAAUCGGCAUAUCUAUUUAUUAUGGCCAUCGAGAUGUUAGCUAUUAAAAUCAGAUCCAACAAUAAUAUCAAAGGAUUAGAAAUCGACGGCUUAAAAACAAAGGUGUCAUUGUACGCUGAUGAUUCAUGUUUUCUUUUAAAUCCACAACUUGAAUCCCUCCACAGCCUCAUAGAGGAUCUAGAUACAUUUUCUAACCUCUCUGGAUUACAGCCAAACUAUGCUAAAUGUACUAUAUUACAUAUUGGAUCACUAAAAAAUACAAUUUUUACAUUACAUGUAGUUUACCAAUAACAUGGUCUGAUGGUGAUGUGGAUAUACUCGGAAUACAUAUCCCAAAUGAAAUAAAUGAUCUCACUCCAAUAAAUGUUAAUCGAAAGUUAGCAAAGAUAGAUAAGAUCUUGCUACCAUGUGAAAGGUAAAUACCUGUCUAUCACACUGAUUAACUCUUUAGUAUUAUCCCAGUUGACCUAUUUGCGUAUGGUCUUGCCUACGCCUAGCGAACAGUUUUUUAAAUUAUAUGAGGGAAAAAAUAUUCAAUUUUAUUUGGAACGGCAAGCCAGACAAAAUUAAACGGGCCUAUUUAUAUAAUGAAUAUUCGGAGGACAGAAAUUAUUAAAAUUGUCUCACCCAAUGUUCAAGAAUGGCCUUUUCCCCUUUAUUCAGAUUACAACCUGUCACUUUCAGGUAUUUGAAAAAGAAAUAAUCUCCCAAAUAUCACUAUUUCUUAAACAAGCCAUAGAAAGUUGGUUGCAAUUUCAGUUUAAUCCUCCAGAAACGACUGAACAAAUAAUGCAACAAAUAUUGUGGUUAAACUCAAAUAUACUAAUUGAUAAAAAACCAUUAUUUUUUUGACAAAAGGUAUAAUCUUCGUAAAUGAUAUUAUCGGUAGGACUGGUGGAGUUAUGUCGAACAUGCAGCUAACAAAAACAUAUGGAAAUGUCUGCUCUACCCAAAAUUACAACCAAUUAAUUGCAGCAUUACCACAAAAAUGGAAGAGGAAAGUGGAAGGCGGAAAAAGUAAUGUCUGUCGGCCCUGCAUUAAAGACCAUAAUUGGUUAAAGAAAAUUGUGAUAAAUAAAAAAGUAUACCGGUUUCAUUUCUGGACCAAAGGAUUGACAGCCGUCCCAUAUAGAUUGCAAAAUAGUUGGGAAGAGAUUUUUGACGUACCUAUUCCAUGGUGAACUGAUACGCAAAAUGACGCCGGAUUCAAAACUUAGAAUUUUUCUAUUUCAAUUAUUAUACAAAAUUCUUGCUACCAAUAGAAUGUUAUUUAUAUGGGGGAUACAAUCUUCCCAGCUCUGCAGAUUUUGCUGCGAAGAGACAGAAUCAUUAGAUCAUUUGUUUUGGUACUGUCCAUUUGUAGCUUGUUUUUGGACACAGGUCCAGGAAUGGCUAAAGGAUUGCAAUAUUUACCUGGAGCUAACCCUGCAGAUAGCACUACUGAGUGAUCUGAAAUGUCAUAGUCAAUCGAUCAAUAAUAUAAUAAUACUUUUAACCAAAAAAAAUAUUUUCAAUUUACAAUCUGUAGAAACAAUGAGAAUAGAAAGGUUCAGAACUUUUGUAAAACAUCACAGUACAGUUGAAAAAUAUAUGGCAAAUAGAAAUCCAAAAUGGAUGGUGUUAAGAGAUAGAUGGGUAGUGUUGCAUGAAGUUGAAGGAUGGGACUAAUAACUAACAACAACAAAUAAAUAACAACAAGAUAACUAAUGUAAAGCAUACUGUGUCCAUAAUAAGUAUAUAGGUUAUAGGUUGAGAGCUUUUGUGAAAGAGCACAGUUAGAAAGAUAUCCCAUAUAGAAGCAAACUGGAUGGACAUCAGGUUGAGGGUAGAGGAAGUUCAGGAGUAAAAACAAACAACAUAGAAUUAUUGUAAAAUUGACUGUGUCCAUAAAAUGUAUAUAGUAUGUAUAAGUUGGAAGUAGAGGCCUAAGCAUUGUUGUUCACUAGUUUACUCAAAUUAGGGAAGGGGUGGUGGGGUUGGAAAGUAAUAAAGGGAAAUUUUAAGAGACACAUUUUAAAAGAGAAAUAAUAAUAAUUCACAGAGCCAAACAGCAAAGAUAGAUUUAAAGAUCAUCUAUAGUCAAAAUCAUGUUUUUCAUGAAAUUGGAUGAUACUUAGAUGAAACCAGAUCAAAGUAUGAUGACCAAAGUAUGAAAAAUGACUGUUGCUUUUACAUUGAUAAAGUUACUGGUCCACUCCCCACUGUCAAACACUUGGAUUCAGGAGGUGGGAUUAUUAAGGGGAUAGGGUGACAUCACCUUAACUCUCAUUUUAAUACACCAAUUGUAACAUGCGUGUUUGCAGAGGGCGUGGUUUAUAUACAGUUGAAGUUGGAAUUUUACAUACACCUUAGCCAAAUACAUUUAAACUCAGUUUUUCACAAUUCCUGACAUUUAAUCCUAGUAAAAAUUCCCUGUUUUAGGUAAUUUAGGAUCACCACUUUAUUUUAAGAAUGUGAAAUGUCAGAAUAAUACUGUAGAGUGAUUGAUUUAUUUAAGCUUUUAUUUCUUUCAUCACAUACCCAGUGGGUCAGAAGUUUACAUACACUCAAUUAGUAUUUGAUAGCAUUGCCUUUAAAUUGUUUAACUUGGGUCAAACAUUUCGGGUAGCCUUCCACAAGCUUCCCACAAUAAGUUGGGUGAAUUUUGGCCCAUUUCUCCUGACAGAGCUUGUGUAACUGAGUCAGGUUUUGUAGGCCUCCUUGCUCGCACACGCUUUUUCAGUUCUGCCCACAAAUGUUCUAUAGGAUUGCGGUCAGGGCUUUGUGAUGGCCACUCCAAUACCUUGACUUUGUUGUCCUUAAGCCAUUUUGCCACAACUUUGGAAGUAUGCUUGUGGUCAUUGUCCAUUUGGAAGACCCAUUUGCGACAAAGCUUUAACUUCCUGACUGAUGUCUUGAUGUUGCUUCAAAAUAUCCACAUAAUUUUUGACUCAAAUGAUGUCAAUUAGCCUAUCAGAAGCUUCUAAAGCCAUGACAUCAUUUUCUAUGAAUUUUCCAAGCUGUUUAAAGGCACAGUCAACUUAGUGUAUAUAAACUUCUGACCCACUGGAAUUGUUAUACAGUGAAUUAUAAGUGAAAUAAUCUGUCUGUAAACAAUUGUUGGAAAAAUUACAUGUGUCAUGCACAAAGUAGAUGUCCUAACUGACUUGCCAAAACUAUAGUUUGUUAACAAGAAAUUUGUGGAGUGGUUGAAAAACGAGUUUUAGUGACUCCAACCUAAGUGUAUGUAAACUUCCGACUUCAACUGUAGCUCGAUAACUACUCUAUGUGGAAAAAUGUGACUUUAGGGUGUCAGCAAAUUUUUAUUAAAAGUUUAUGCUAUUCAUCUAUGGCAAAGAUACUUGUAUGUUUCCCCUUUCAUCUGUGUCAGGUUUUUUGGGGGGUCCUUUUUUAUUUAUUUAUUUAUUUUGUAUUUAUUUUUUGGCCCAGGUCGUUAGGUCGGGCACUGAUGUUGGGCGAUUUAGGCAUGGCUCGCAGUCGACGUCCAAUUCAUCCCAAAGGUGUUUGAUGGGGUUGAGGUCAGGGUUCUGUGCAGGCCAGUCAAGUUCUUCCACACCUAUCUCAACAAACCAUUUCUGUAUGGACCUCGCUUUGUCCACGGGGACAUUGUCAUGCUGAAACAGGAAAGGGCCUUUCCCAAACUGUUGCCACAAAGUUGGAAGCACAGAAUCGUCUAGAAUGUCAUUGUAUGCUGUAGCGUUAAGAUUUCCCUUCACUGGAACUAAGGGGCCUAGCCCGAACCAUAAAAAACAGCCCCAGACCAUUAUUCCUCCUCCACCAAACUUUACAAUUGGCACUAUGCAUUGGGGCAGGUAGCGUUCUCCUGGCAUCCGGCAAACCCAGAUUAGUCCGUCGGACUGCCAGAUGGUGACGCGUGAUUCAUCACUCCAGAGAACGCGUUUCCACUGCUCCAGAGUCCAAUGGCAGCAAGCUUUAAAUCACUCCAGCUGACGCUUGGCAUUGAGCAUGGUGAGUUUAGGCUUUUGUGCGGCUGCUCGGCCAUGGAAACAUAUUUUAUGAAGCUCCUGACGAACAGUUCUUGUGCCGCCGUUGCUUCCAGAGUUAGUUUGGAACUCGGUAGUGAGUGUUGCAACCGAGGACAGACGAUCUUUACACGCUUCAGCACUCGGUGGUCCUGUUCUGUGAGCUUGUGUGGCCUACCACUUCGCGGCUGAGCCGUUGUUGCUCCUAGACGUUUCCACUUCACAAUAACAGCACUUACAGUUGACCGGGGCAGCUCUAGCAGGGCAGAAAUUUGAAGAACUGAUUUGUUGGAACGGUGGCAUCCUGUGACGGUGACACAUUGAAAGUCACUGAGCUCUUCAGUAAGGCCAUUCUACUGCCUAUGUUUGUCUAUGGAGAUUGCAUGGCGGUGUGCUCGAUUAUAUACACAUGUCAGCAACGACUGUGGCUGAAAUCGCCGAAUCCACUAAUUUGAAGGGGUAUCCACAUACUUUUGAAUAUACAGUGUAUUUCUACAGACAUUUUAAAUUUAUUUUUUUAUUUCUACUACAGUAGUUACAUAGCAAUAAUAAAGUAAUUUGAUAUACAUUACAUCUGGAUAGACAGUACCUAUACAUUAUACAUCGUGUUUUCAGUCAUAACAAUUAUAGAACAUUGAGUUUUUCAAUCCAUCCCUCAGCUACUCUGUCCAUCUCGCCUCUGUAAACCGCUCUCUUAUGAUUUCCAUGUGCUACAGUUGAAGUCAGAAGUUUACAUACACUUAGGUUGGAGUCAUUAAAACUAGUUUUUCAACCACUCCACACAUUUCUUGUUAACAAACUAUAGUUUUGGCAAGUCGGUUACGACAUCUACUUUGUGCAUGACAGAAGUAAUUUUUCCAACAAUUGUUUACAGACAGAUUAUUUCACUUAUAAUUCACUGUAUCACAAUUCCAGUGUGUCCAGAAGUUGAUAGAAUAUAGGAUAACAACCUCUCCCUCAACGUGACCAAGACAAAGGAGAUUGUGGACUACAGGAAAAAAAAGAGGACUGAGCACGCCCCCAUUCUCAUCGACAGGGCUGUAGUGGAACAGGUUGAGAGCUUCAAGUUCCUUGGUGUCCACAUCACCAACGAACUAUCAUGGUCCAAACACACCAAGACAGUCGUGAAGAGGGCACAACAAAGCUUAUUCCCCCUCAGGAGACUGAAAAGACUUGGCAUGGGUCCUCAGAUCCUCCAAAAAUUAUACAGCUGCACAAUCGAGAGCAUCCUGACUGGUUGCAUCACCGCCUGGUAUGGCAACUGCUCGGCCUCGGACCGCAAGGCACUACAGAGGGUAGUGCGUACGGCCCAGUACAUCACUGGGGCCAAGCUUCCUGCCAUCCAGGACCUCUAUACCAGGCGGUGUCAGAGGAAGGCCCUCAAAAUUGACUCCAGCCACCCUAGUCAUAGACUGUUCUCUCUGCUACCGCACGGCAAGCGGUACUGGAGUGCCAAGUCUAGGUCCAAAAGACUUCUCAACAGCUUCUACCCCCAAGCCAUAAGACUCCUGAACAGCUAAUCAUGGCUACCCGGACUAUUUGCACUGCCCCCCCACCCCCACCCCAUCUUUUUACGCUGCUGCUACUCUGUUAAUUAUUUAUGCAUAGUCACUUUAACUCUACCCACAUGUACAUACCUCAACUAGCCGGUGCCCCCGCACAUUGACUCUGCACCGGUACCCCCCUGUAUAUAUAGCCUCCCUAUUGUUAUUUUAUUUUACUUCUGCUCUUUUUUUUCUCAACACUUUUUUGUUGUUUUAUUUACUUUUUUAUUAAAAAAUAAAUGCAUUGUUGGUUAAGGGCUGUAAGUAAGCAUUUCACUGUAAUGUCUACACCUGUUGUAUUCGGCGCAUGUGGCCAAUAAAAUGUGAUUUGAUUACACACUAAGUUGACUGUGCCUUUUUAAACAGCUUGGAAAAUUCCAGAAAACGAUGUCAUGGCUUUAGAAGCUUCUGAUAGGCUAAUUGACAUCAUUUGAGUCAAUUGGAGGUGUUCCUGUGGAUGUAUUUCAAGGCCUACCUUCAAACUCAGUGCCUCUUUGCUUGACAUCAUGGCAAAAUCAAAAGAAAUCAGCCAAGACUUCAGAAAAAAAAUUGUUGACCUCCACAAGUCUGGUUCAUCCUUGGGAGCAAUUUCCAAACACCUGAAGGUACCACGUUCAUCUGUACAAACAAUAGUAUGCAAGUAUAAACACCAUGGGACCACGCAGCCAUCAUACCGCUCAGGAAGGAGACACGUUCUGUCUCCUAGAGAUGAAUGUACUUUGGUGCGAAAAGUGCAAAUCAAUCCCAGAACAACAGCAAAGGACCUUGUGAAGAUGCUGGAGGAAACGGGUACAAAGGUAUCUAUAUCCACAGGAAAACGAGUCCUAUAUCGACAUAACCUGAAAGGUCGCUCAGCAAGGAAGAAGCCACUGCUCCAAAACCGCCAUAAAAAAAGCCAGACUACGGUUUGCAACUGCACAUUGGGUCAAAGAUUGUACUUUUUGGAGAAAUGUCCUCUGUUCUGAUUAAACAAAAAUAGAACUGUUUGGCCAUAAUGACCAUCGUUAUGUUUGGAGGAAAAAGGGGGACGCUUGCAAGCCGAAGAACACCAUCCCAACCGUGAAGCACGGGGGUGGCAGCAUCAUGCUGUGGGGGUGCUUUGCUGCAGGAGGGACUGGUGCACUUCACAAAAUAGAUGGCAUUAUGAGGAAGGAAAUGUAUGUGGAUAUAUUGAAGCAACAUCUCAAGACAUCAGUCAGGAAGUUAAAGCUUGGUCGCAAAUGGGUCUUCCAAAUGGACAAUGACAUUUACAUUACAUUACAUUUACGUCAUUUAGCAGACGCUCUUAUCCAGAGCGACUUACAUUAUUAUUUAUUUUUUCAUACCCCCUGUGGGAAUCGAACCCACAACCCUGGCGUUGCAAACGCCAUGCUCUAUCAACUGAGCUACAAUGACCCCAAGCAUACUUCCAAAGUUGUGGCAAAAUGGCUUAAGGACAACAAAGUCAAGGUAUUGGAGUGGCCAUCACAAAGCCCUGACCUCAAUCUUAUAGAAAAUUUGUGGGCAGAACUGAAAAAGCGUGUGCAAGCAAGGAGGCCUACAAACCUGACUCAGUUACACCAGCUCUGUCAGGAGGAAUGGGCCAAAAUUCACCCAACUUAUUGUGGGAAGCUUGUGGAAGGCUACCCGACACGUUUGACCCAAGUUAAACAAUUUAAAGGCAAUGCUACCAAAUACUAAUUGAGUGUAUGUAAACUUCUGACUCACUGGGAAUGUGAUGAAAGAAAUAAAAGCUUAAAUAAAUCAUUCUCUCUACUAUUACUCUGACAUUUCACAUUCUUAAAAUAAAGUGGUGAUCCUAACUGACCUAAGACAGGGAAUUUUUACUAGGAUUAAAUGUCAGGAAUUGUGAAACUUAGUUUUAAAUGUAUUUGGCUAAGGUGUAUGUAAACUUCCAACUUCAACUGUAUAUAUUUUUCAACUGUGCUGUGAUAUUUCACAAAUUCUGAACCUGUUUAAUCACACAGUAUCUACAGAUUGCGAGUUAAAGAUAAAUAGUUUUAUUAAAAGUAUUAUUAUAUUGUUGAUUGAUUGACUAUGGCUUUCCAAACCUCCCAACAAUGCUCUUUGUAGGGUUAAUUUGAGAUACAUUUUGUAAUUUUUCAGCCAUUCCUGAACUUGUGACCAGAAACAAACUACAUAGGGGCAAUACCAAAAUAAGUGAUCUUCGUAGCAUAAUCUGCAGCGCUGAGAUGGUUGUAUGCCCCAUAUACAUACAAUUCUGUUUGUGGAAAGAAUUUUGUAUAAUAAUUUAAAUUGAAAAACUUCAAUUAAAGUUUUGAAUCAAGUGUUUUUUUGCGUAUCAAUUCAUAAACCAUGUGCCACGGAAUCGGCACAUCAAAAUCUCUUCCCAAAUAUUUUGCAACCUGUAUGGCGCCACUAUCAAAAUUUUGGUCCUCAACUAAAACUGAUAUAUAUUUUUUUAUUACCUUUUUUUUUUUUUGCCAAAUUUGGUCUUUAAUAAAGGGCAGACAAACAAGUUCCCUACCUUCUCCCCCUUCCACUUGCCUCCUCCAUUUUUGCGGUAAUGCUGCAAUCAGUUGGUUGUAGUUUUGGAUAGAGCAAACAUUUCCAUAUAUUUUGGUUAACUACACGUGACAUAACUCCACCUUUCCUAUUCAUAAUAUCAGUAACAAAGAUAAUUCGUUUUUUUAAAUGUUUCCAUAAAAUGUUUUUUUCAUCAAUUAGUAUAUUUGAAUUUAACCAUAAUAUUUGUUGUAAUAUUUGUUCUGGCUUUUCUGAAGGAUGAAACUGGAAUUGCAACCAGCUUUGUAUGGCUUGUUUUACAAAGGGCGAUAAUUUGAAAAAGGUUCCAUUUUCAUUUAACUGAAAGUGAGAGGUUGUAAUCUGGAUAAAGGGAAAAAGGCCAUUUUUGAACAAGGGGUGAGCCAUUCUUACUAAUCUACUGGAGAACCAGUUUGGGUUUAAGUAAAACUUUUGUAUGCUUUUAGUGAGAGGCUUAAUGAUUUAAUAUUUCAUAAUUUAGCCCCCCAAACUCAUUAUCAUUAUAUAAAUAAGCACGUUUAAUUUAGUCUUGCUUUCCGUUCCAAAUAAAGUGAAAUAUUUUCUGCUCAAAUAAUUUAUAAGAUAAAUCGUUCGUAAAUAGGUAAACUGGGAUAUAAGUAUUUAUUUUUCCAUGGUAGCAAGAUAUGAACUAUUUUUGUUAACUUCCUAUUAAAAUGAGUUGUAAUACGUUCCUUUAUUUCUUUAAGGAUAUGAAUACCUGUGUCUGGUGUUAGCUAGUUACUGGCUAGCUGGGUCUUCAACCAGCAUGGAAUAAAAGGGGGGGGAAGGGUCGUUCAAAACUCUGACACAGUUGUCAAGUCAACACAUCCAUCAGUGCUGCUGUGAACCGCAUCACAAGAGACAUGCCAAAAGGGAGAUGUGUAUAUUUUUUUGACAUAAUUAGCUAGGUUUCCAUUCAAUUUGCGACAGAUUUUCAUCAGAAUAUUCUAAAAUCUGCAUAAAGAAAAUAUGCGCAUUUUCCCACCCAACAAACUUGUUGCGGAUAACAGUAAGUGCAUAAUGACGCAGUGCACACAAAAUGUACUUUUUCUCUUACGUUUUCAUGUACUGAAUAAAAAUAUAAAAUGUAAUGUGUCCAUCGCAUUUUCAACUCUACCGAUAUUUUUGUCACAAACUGUUGGGUUAAAUAGAAAAUGUGCCUACUCUGGUCUUGGCACGUGCUCUCUAGCCAACAGCUGGCAGACACAGUGCGGGUAGGCUGUACGGGUAGGCUAGUCUACAUGAUGAGAGAUUAUUAUGGAAAAGAGCGAGAAUAUUUGUCAAAUGGCAGUCAAGCAUCAAUCAUCAUAUCACCAGAAUAAGACCCUCGAUAUUUAUUGGAAAGGAGCAUCAAGAUCACAAUGCACUUUCACCACCCUGUGAAGUUCAUCAUAACUUAUUUCAUCUGUAGCCUAAUAAACUGCAUGGUUUCCCGAGUCAUAGUGGGAGGACCCACACCAUAUCAUCGCGUGACUCCAUGUUUACUUCGAUAUGAUGGUUAUUGUUAACAAUAUUUGCACAUAAAGGCAUUUCCACCACCAUUUCUCGCAUAAUUAAUUUUACAGACACAAAAAGAUCCCACCAUGUCGAAUGAACAAAUGAUCUGUCUGCAUUUAUAAAAUUGUACCGAAACGACAUGUUUUUUGUACGAUUUUAUUUCUCCGUCACCCACGCGCUUUCAACAUUUAGAUAAUAAAGCAUUGACCUUUCCAUUGUGCUAAUGGAAGAUUGGUUGAUUUCCAGUUUUUAAAUAUAUGUUUUUUUCAACAUGAUUGACGAGAAAAGCAUCGUCCAACCCAUCGGGUAUCUCACUGCACCCUCAUAUGCUAUGUCUUGAAAUAUGCAGACCGACAAAUUAAAAGUAAAUUUACAUUGUAAUAUUUCUGACAGCCAACUUUCUCACUCCGCCCAUAACUUUUGGACUUUAUAGCAUUCCCAGAAGGCAUGGAUUAUUGAGUCAGUGAAUAAUUUUUUUUUUUUUUAUAUGGUAUGACUUUACUCACAUAACUGUGGAUGGAAACGUGGUUAGUGAUGCAAUUUCAAUGUUGUUUGAGUUGCUUUGUGUACCACCAAAUUAGCUUGAGAGGAUUUUACUGCAAUAUUGCUCACUGCAUCCAAGUUGCUUGAGAUGGGCAUUUCAAAGUGCUGUCAGUCAAGGUGAGCUCAUGAAUAUAAUCUCCUCGCCCACUCAGCCUAUCUUUUCAAACUUUCUGGUAGUUAGCAAUGAGAGAGAAAUUGUUUCUCAAAUUUUGAGCAUUUCUAUCCAGAACAAAUAUUAUUUGAGAUAUUUUAGUCACUCAAAAGGCUAUUUUAAAUGGGAAUCAGAAUGACUGUUCAUGACCUUUUUAAAUUCAGCUCCUCCCUUGUCAGAGACACAACCCAGUUUACUGUAAAUACUCUGGCUGGAAUUGAGGCGGAGAGAGUGAUGGGGACAGAUAGGGGAAGAGGAGAGAAAUGGGUUCAGGGAAAUGAGCUCAUUCUCAGUGAAGGGAGGGGGAGAGAGACUGUUGUGGUCUGGGAGGUUCUAAAUGACAGAGUUGAGUCUUUGCCAUUAGCUAGGUUAACAGAUUUCCAUGCCAAUAUUCUAAAAUCUGCAUAAAAUAAUAUAUGCGCAUUUUCCCACCAUGUGUUUCCAUCAAAAAGACCGUGCGUGAUGACGUAGUUCACAUUAACAUGACUUUUGCGGUUAAAAUUCCCAUGUACCCCCCCCCCCCCCCCCCCCAAAAAAAAAAAAAGGCUUUCCAUCGCAUUUUCAAAUCUGCUGAUGGUUUUGUCACAACAAUUUUAGCAUUAUAUAGUUAAUGUGCCCACUCUGGUAUUGGCACGUGCGCUCUAGCCAACAGUUCGCAGAUACAGUGCGGGUAGGCUACCUACAUGAUGAGAUUAUUAUCGAUAAGAGCGACAUUAUUUUUAAUUGUCAAACGGCAGCCAAGCAUCGGUCAUCAUGUCACUAGAAUAAGACCCUCGAUAUUUAUUGAAAGUAGCAUCAAGCUCAUCACCGUGCACUUUCACCACCCUGUGAAGUUCAUCAUAAUUUAUUUAAUCUGUAGUCUAAUAAACUGCAUGCGUUCCCAAAUCGUUGUGGUAGGACCAUAAACCAUAUCAUCGCGUGACUCCAAGUUUACUUCGAUUGUUAUUAUAUCAAUAUUUGUUCAUAAAACCAUUUCCACUGCCAUUUCAAAAAUAUUAAAUUUUACAGACACAAAAAGAUCCCACUUUGUCUAGCGUAUUUUGUUUUGCUGUUUCCAUCAGGCCUGUCGUGUCAUUUGUUAUUCGACAUGUACUUUACUCGCAUAUAAAGGUUGGAUGAAAACCUGGUUAGAGAUGGAAAAUAUUUACCUCCAUGAAAACAGUACCAAGGAGCAGAGAGAGGAGAUCCCAGGACGCCUUUAUGAGGUUGUCACGCGUUAUUGUUUCCAUAGGGAGCUUUUUGGCACCGGUCUUCCUGUACAGUCAAUUUUUACGGUAAUGUAUGUCUUCCGGAGUAUACCAUCGCUAAGGAGGCAGACCGUAUAUUUCACCAAAUGGCUGCUAUUUACUGUUUUGAGGCCAAGCGAUAGGCCUAAGCCAGUGUGGUUAAUUUCUUUGCUGUUUGCGAUAGGCCUAAGCCAGUGUGGUUAAUUUCUUUGCUGUUUGCUAUAGAGUAUAUUCACAACCAAAUAGAUACAGGGAGGAUAUCACAAUGUAAAUGUGUUUUUAUUUAUUGAUACUGGGGAAAUAUGCUUGCCCUUUACUUUACUUCUGUUGUGCAUUCAGUUUUAUGAGGAUAAAAAUGCUUUGUUGCAGAAGCAAUUAUAUGUGAAUUCACUGCUAACAAAAGCUGGUUGCUAUUCAUUGUGUCUUUGUGGAGACCUUAGCAAGAAUCAAGAGACGCUGUAUACUGAAAAUGGUGAUGAAUAUUGAUUAAUACACAUAGAUAUAUUUGAUGUUACACUUCUUAUCCUCUAAAUAUCCCUCUGUUUUCUUCUUCUCUUUUGCAUCUCGUUCUACCAGGAAGUAGAGGUCAGUUUCUUUUUUAUUCUACUCUUCUCUUUUUCUUUUGUCUGAUGUCUUUUUUUAAUGCUUCUAACUCACUUUCAUUGUCUCUUUCUCUCUCUUUAUUGCCAUUUCCUCUCUCUCCCCUGCCCGCCUUAGCCUCUCUCUCUCUCUUUCUCUCUUUCAACUUGUCAAUUUUAAUGAGGGUGGUUACUGUUCUAAUUAAAGGAAAAAUCCACUCCAAAACUAUCUUUUGGUAUUUUUUUUAAAAUUAGUCCGCUGUUGAUAGAGUCCCAACAUCUUUUGCAGGUCAGCAAUUAAGUUUUCAAGAUAUAGGACUUUUCAAAGUUUUGUGGCAAGUGACAAUUUGCUUUUUGAAAGUCCUACAUGUUGAAAACUUGAUUGCUGACAUGCAAAACAUUUGGGACUAUAUCAAAAGUGGACUAAUGAAAAAAAGACCAAAAGAUAGUUUUGGAGUGAUUUUUCCUUUAAGUAUAAAAAGUAAAGAAUACAAUUCAAAGCCCGCUUCCCCCUGAAGCCAUAUGUUCCACCGCCAUUGGAUGUGUCCCGAAUGCAUCCCAGACUGUAUUCCCUAUAUCGUGCACUACUUUUGACUUUACACCAGAGCCCGAUGGGAUAAGUAGUGCAUUAUAUAGGGUAUAGGGUGCCAUUUGGGACAGACAUUGUGUGCAAGAAUGUUCUGAUGCCGUACUACAGAAUGCCAUGCUGCUCCUUAAAUCCCCAUGCAGACCCAUAGGUCUCUGGUCAAAAGUAGUGCAAUAUAUACGGAAUAGGGUGCUAUUUGGGAAGCAAACAUUGACUCACUCAUUGAGUUAAUCAUGAUGCUUCUUUCACUGUGGGUUAACCUGGAACUCUCUGUCUCUGCAGGAUGACUAUGUGCGGGCCUUGGAUGAGAAUCAGGGAGGCUCUAAUGAAAGUAUGUUUCACCAAAGUUCUUUCAAGUACCUUUUAAUCUAUUACAGUGCCUUCAGAAAGUAUUCACACGCCUUGACUUUUUCCAAACACACUACCCCAUAAUGUCAAAGUGGAAUUAUGUUUUUAGAAAUGUAUACAAAUUAAUUAAAAAUGAAAAGCUGAAAUGUCUUCAGUCAAUAAGUAUUCAACCCCUUUGUUAUGGCAAGCCUAAAUAAGUUCAGGGGUUAACAUUUGCUUAACAAGUCACAUAAUACAUUGCAUGGACUCACUCUGUGUGCAACAAUAGUGGUUAACAUGAUUUUUGAAUGACUACCUCAUCUCUGUACCCCACACAUACAAUUAUCUGUAAGGUCCCUCAGUCGAUCAGUGAAUUUCAAACACAGAUUCAACCACAAAGACCAUGGAGGUUUUCCUCACAAAGGAGGGCACCUAUUGGUAGAUGGGUAAAUAUAAAACAAGCAUGGUGAAGUUAUUAAUUACAUUUUGAAUGGUGAAUCAAUACACCGUCACUACAAAAAUACAGGCGUCCUUCCUAGCUCAGUUGCCGGAGAGGAAGGAAGCCUAUCAGGGAUUUCACCAUGAGGCCAAUGGUGACUUUAAAACAGUUACUGAGUUUAAUGGCUGUGAUAGGAGAAAGCUGAGGAUGGAUCAAACACAUUAUAGUUACUCCACACCUAAUUGACAGAGUGAAUAGAAGGAAGCUUGUACAGAAUUUUAAAAAAUCCAAAACAUGUAUCCUGUUUGCAAUAAGACACUAAAGUAAAACUGCAACAAAUGUGGCAAAGAAAUCUACUUUAUGUCCUGAAUACGAAGCGUUAUGUUUGGGGCAAAUCCAACACAACACAUCACUGAGUACCAUUUUCAAGCAAGGUGGUGGCUGCAUCAUGUUAUGGGAAUGCUUGUCAUAGGCAAGGACUAGGGAGUUUUUUUAGGAUAAAAAAUUAACAGAAUACCGCUAAGCACAGGCAAAAUCCUAAAGGAAAACCUGGUUCAGUCUGCUUUCCAACAGACACUGGGAGACAAAUUCACCUACUGGGAGACAAUAACCUGAAAUGCAAGGCUAAAUUUACACUGGAGUUGUUUACCAAGAUGACAUUGAAUGUUCCGGAGUGGCCUAGUUACAGGUUUGACCUAAAUUGGCUUGUAGAUCUAUGGCAAGACUUGAAAAUGGCUGUCUAGCAAUGAUCAACAACCAACUUGACAGAGCUUGAAGAAUUUUUAAAAGAAUAAUGUACAAAUAUUGUACAAUCCAGGUGUGCAAAACUCUUAGAGACUUGCCCAGAAAGACUCACAGCUGUAAUCACUGUGAAUACUUAUGCAAAUGAGAUAUUUUUGUAUUUCAUGUUCCAUAAAUGUGAAAAAAUUACAGAAAACAUGUUUUCACUUUGUCAUUAUGGGGUAUUGUGUGUAGGUUGGUGAGAUUUAAACAUAUUUAAUCCGUUUUGAAUUCAGGCUGUAACACAACAAAAUGUGAAAUAGUCAAGUGGUAUGAAUACUCUCUGAAGGCACUAUACAGUAUGUUUGUGUGCUGUCAAUGUCAUUUACUAUGGACUUUAUUUACGAGAAUUCAUCAGCUAAUCAGGGUUUUUUCUGGAUCAAAAAGGAACAUUGGUGGUGGGCUUGGCAGGGGCCAUCAGUGCGGUUGGAUUUUAGAGAAAAUGUUAGAGGCCCCCAUCUUGGUAGUGUGCAGACAUUCUUGCAUGUUUAAGCCAAUUUCCUGCAUUUCUACGCAUUUUGCCAUGCAGCUGAGAGAAAAUGUUGCCGUUGUACAGCACAUUUCCAAUGAUUCUACAUAUUCUGCCAUGGAGAUGGGAGAACAUUUUGCAGUUUUAAAGCUAUUUUCCUGCAAUUCGAUGCAUUUAACCAUGGCUAAUGCUGUGUUCUUUUGAUCAAACAUAAUAACAAAAUCUAUACUGAUAAAUGCAUUUUAUUUUUUUAUUAUCCCUGAUUGUCUAGCUUUCUAUUUGGUUGAUUGAUAGUUCUCAAAGAUCAUAUUACAAAAAAUAUAUAUAGGUCCAUUAUCUUUUCUACAUACUUUAUAUCUGGUUUUAGUCUUUUUUAAGUUAACACUGAAAGCGUUUUUCCAUCCUGAAAAUUAAUUUCACCCCGCCCCCAACAAAUAUAUAUUUACACUGUUUAGACUUAGGCGACCCCAAAAAAUGCUUAGGUGGCCUGCCAAAGGAUUUUUAAUGGCAGAAGAAUCCCUGCCAACCACUCUUGAGAGCUGACUAAAUCAGUGUAGGCUAGCUAGCUAAUCAUCUGAGGGACCAGUCAGCAACAUCACAGGGACCAGUGCUGGGCAAGGAAAAUGUGGUUGAAGAUCACUGGGUUUAUCAGACACGACACGGUACAUAAGAAUGAGAAUCAAUGCACCACGACACGCUUCAGCCCAGGUUGCAUUAAAGGGGAACAAAAAGGUGCUCAACUGAGGUACCAAACGUUACUGUGGUGUAUUAGACACAACAGGGUAAAUGUUUGUUUACAAUCCCAUUUGUAUUCUCGAGUCAGAUGUUGUCCACACAUGUAGUGGCCUCUCAGUGAAAAGUUCAAGUGAUGUUAGAGAUGUUAGCUAACUGUAGCAGCAGCCGUCUGACUGUCUCUUUCUCUCCGUGGAGGUUCUGAGCUCUGCUGUCGACCACCUACAAAUCAAUGUUGAGUACCCUGUCUUUUCUCCACUCCUCUGUCUAUGACAUCCAGGCUGCCCAAAUGACACCCUAUUCCCUAUAUGUUGCACUACUUUUGACCAGAGCCCUAUGGGCCCUGGUCAAACGUAGUACGCUAUAUAGGGAAUAGGGUGCCAUUUGGAACAUAGACUCAAAUCAUGUCCACGACCAUUGUCUUGAUUUGCAGCUCAAAUAAAGUGGUGGGAAUGGAAUGGCUGAGUCCAUUAGUACGGCUACAUCUCUGAGCUUAAUUAGCGGGUAAUUAUGACUUUCUGUAGAGGGCUGGAGAGAGAGAGGGAGAGAGAGAGGGAGAGGGAGAGGGAGAGGGAGAGGGUGGGAGGGAGGGAGUCAGUGUGAUGUCUUCACUGUAGAGCCAGGCUGAUCAGAUACCAUUUCAGGCCUCGUUAGUCUAAAUCCAGAGAGGAUAGACAACCAAUCACACUCAAUACUGUCACACACAAUGGCUGUGUUUACACAGCCAUCCUAAGAACCAAAUUCAAAAAUGUUUUACAUAGGCCUAUCCAAUCUUUUUACUGACUGAAUCUGUAUUAGAAUGGAUAACCACAUGCAGGGUCUAAUUAGGAGAGUUUAUGGCAGCACGCUCUUAUGGCAUAACAUGGAUAGAGGUGGAGAGCAAUGAAGGGAAAAGGAGUGAGAGAUGAUGUGACGAAGAUACAGAGGGAGGAGGGUGUAGAGUGGGAGACUCGGGAUGUAAUAGAGACUGCUGAGAGCGAGGAGAUAGAUAAAGAGACAGAGAGAUAAAGGGAGAUGGUUGUUUAAAGAGAGGGAGUGUGACAGGGGGUACUGAGAGGGAGAGAGUGAAAGAGAGAGAGUUCUCAGUAAUAUAGCAGAUUGAGCUGCAAAUCAGUCAGUCCAAAAACUAGACCUCCAUCAGACCGCAGUGCACAGAGCCUGUUGCUAUGGAGACGUCAUCAUUGUGUUGCAGGCACUACUUUAAUCCAUGGAAGCCUGUUAAGUUAUCACUGGGCUAAGGCAACCACCUUAUGCUAUUGUACAACACACAACGCAACUCCAAGCCUGCCAGCACCAGUAUUGUGGCUGCUGCUAUACCAACAAGAUUUAUUUACAAAUGUUUUCUAUAAACAUUAUGAGGAUGGUCUUUUCUAUUUGCCUUUUCUUAUUUCUUUAGCAAAGGUUAAAUCCUCUGAAGAAGACACAACAGAAGGUUAUGCAGUCGACUGUCUGUAGGGCUCCAACAUAGGCAAAGGCACAAAUCAGAGAAACAGAUUUCUCUUUAUUUUCUCCUUCUCUCUCUUUCCAUUUGUCUCUCUCAUUUUCUCUUUCCCCUCACUCUCUCCAUCUCUAUUUCCUCUCCCUCUCUCUCCGUCCCUCGCGCUCCCUCUCUCUCUAAGGGCCAAGUUGGCAGACAGCCUGCUCUGUCCUGAUCCUGCUGAUGCAUUAGUGUGAAUUCGCGGGGGAGGGAGGGGAGGGAGGGGAGGGAGGGAGGGAGGGAGAGGAGAGAUAGAGAGAGAGGGAGGGCGAGAGAGAGAGAGAGAGAGAGAGAGAGAGGGAUAGAGAGAUAGACUGUUCUUCUCUCUCUCUCGUUCUCUCUCUCUCUUUCUGCUCUCUCUUCUCUCUCUCUCUCUCUUCCGCUCUCUCUCCUCGCUCCGUCUCUCUCUCUCUCUCUCUCUCUCGCUCUCUCUCUCUCUCUCUAUCUCUCUCCUCUCGGCUCUCUCGCGUCUCUCUCCUCUCGUCGCCUCUCUCUCUCUCUCUCUCUCUCUCUUCUCUCUCUCUCUCCUCUCUCUCUCUCUCUCGCUCUCUACCCUCUCUCUGCUCUCGCGCGCGCGCUCUCUCGUCUCUCUCUCUCUUGAUCUUUUUCCCUUUUGUAUAUAUAUUAAUUUUCCUGAACACUCCUACAUGUACCCAUUACAUUGUUAUUAAAUUAUUAGAGAUUUACAUUUUAGUCAUUUAGCAGACGAUCUUAUCCAGAGCGAUUUACAGUUAGUGAGUGCAUACAUUUAUACACAAAUCGUUUUUGCACCUACCAUGUGUCAUGUCCGCAAUGGUCAUGUGAGGUGAAAUGUGUAUAUUUUGGGAUGUGAGCACUCGAAACGUUGUCAAUAAAGCGGUGAAUUGGGAGCUUCAACAAUGUGCGGGCCUUCUUGUUCUUUACAGGUUGGAUCUUUACCAUGACUCUUCUGUGGCUCUGUCGUGUGGGUGCGCAUGCAUCCAUGUGUGUGAGGCACAACAGGCCCGUGGCGGACGAAUAGGGGGUGUAUUGUUUUGGAUUUGCUUUUCCAAUCUGAUCUGUGGGUUUGCUAUGAUAAUCUGCUGAGGAACUCUGUUUGACUGAUUUAGUCUUCUUCAUCCUACAUUGCCAUAACAUGAGAUGAUACAGUAUGUUGUGCAUCACAUAAGAGCUGAUUUUAGAAGAGAAUGCGAAGAGAGAACAGCGAUUCUGUUAUGAGAAUGCUUGAGAUUUGAGAAUGAAUAUAAAUGUCAAGGGGUUUAAGUCCUGCUAAUUGAUAAAGCACUCAUUGGUAUUGUGUUGUAAGGACCCAGUUGCCUGCAGUAGCCAAAGGUAUUGAUGGAUAGCGUUGGUGUAUAGAGAUGGGGGAGGGAGAGAAUGUGUCAUCCGGUUCAGGCUUUGGUGGUCUUGGUAGUUGCAUACAGUGGUAACAUAUGAGUGUGUGCGUAUGUGGUGUGUGUGCGUCAUCUGGUUCAGGCCUUUAGGAAGCUGCAGACCGCAGUGACAUAUGAGUGUGUGUGGUGCUGACACACAGCCACUGGCCUACCGGACACUCCCGCAAGGGGGGGGGGGGGGGUUGACCUUUACUGGUACAAUAGCAAGUACACAUUCUUGGUCCCCGGCCCCAGUAUGCCCACAGUGGUCUGCUCGCUUGUCCUUCUGAUGACUGCUCUGCAGUUCCUCUGUCUCUCUGAUCAAUAUGAAGCACACUUGGGUGAGUUUGGUUACAUACACUGCAUUUGAGCCUAUUGCAGUCUCUUGUGCCCACUUGACAAGCAACCAAAACAAAUUCCUUUUUCCUUUAGGAAACCAAUCUUCUCCCUGUGGCUCCUUUUCCUAAAUUGUGGACACAGCUCCCAUUUGUGACUGGCGUUACAGAACAGACAUGUGAUGUGUUGGGUUUGGGGGGUUUGCUGUGGUGAUGACACGCUGGUAGCAAAGCUGCUCCCUGUAGAUUUGUGAAUAGACGUGUGAAUGAGCCUUGACCUGUGGCCUUUGAGUCUUGUUUCUGGAUUGUGUAGGAUCUUGAAUAUCGCCGAACUCUGGAUGUGGCUAUUCUCACUUGUUUUUCAAUGAACAGGAUGAGAUCAAGGAUUCUAGCACGUCUGCUCCUGUAACUCACAAGCAACUGGCCUCCACCUCUUCCUGACUUUGUAGGGUAAUUUCAGGAUGAUGUUCUUUAAGCUGGAGGCCAGAUCCCCCCCCUUCCCCCCACUGGCUAUCCUAAGUUGAAUGCACCGAUUUGUAAGUCGCUCUGGAUAAGAGCGUCUGCUAAAUGACUUAAAUGUAAAUAUCUUCCAUUGCAUUACAACAACCUCUGAGGUAUAACGCAUAGGCCUGUAAUGCCUUGUGGUCUUCAGAUUUGAUGCUAGGCCAGCUAAAAGCCUUCUCCAUGCAUUGGCAAUCUUGUAUUCAUUACCGUAGUGCUCCUUUUAAUAAACCCCUGGCUUUCUAAUAGCCUUAUCUGGAGCCAUAUGUUGGCAGCUCCUAAUUAGCUCUCGAGGCUGCCCUCUGGUGUACUGUUCGAGAAAGUGCAGUUUGUCUUGGCUAGUUUGGCCUCAAUACCAUGUUCAAAUGACUGAAUGAAGGACCUGUACUGUAAAAUGAAUUACCAUCAAAAACAGUAAUGUCUCUAGGUGGCAGAAAUGAAUAAUGUUGCUGUUUGACUAGCAUAGCAGUAACUUCAUUCGGUCUUUGGAGAAUGGUGAUGAGAGGGUUUUCUAUGUUUUCCUGUGAAAUGUCCUGAGCACCGUACUGUGAAUUACAAAGUCUUGCCUGUUCUCCCUAUGGCCCUCUAUGUGAGUUGGUCAGCACAGAUGGGCCUUGUCCUGUAUAGGCCUACAGACUUGGGUUAGAGUCUUGUGCAGCAGUGUGCUCUCCAUGAGCUACUGUCUGAAUCCCACUGUGUACUUAUUGUUCUGAUUGAGCUGAAACACUGUGAGCCUGGGCUGGUUGAAUGUCAAUGUGCUCAAUUAAUUGGGGUCCUUCUUUGGGAUGCACACUUGGUGCAUGUCUGGCAGAAGUGCCCCUUUGCCCUGUGUGAAAUUCAAGGUCAGAGAUCUUGCAUCUCUCUGCCGUUUCCUCAAAGUAGUCAUUCAUGCCAUCUAUUGUUGUUGAGUUGGCCUUUCUUCCCCUGCAGAUGUCAAGACCGUGAGCUUUGCUGAGGCAGCUGCUAUUUCAGUUUGCAGCUCAAGAGUCUCCCUCUUUCCCUCAGUUCCAUCUUUUGUUGGUUUAAUUCCUCCUCCUUAUCCUCUAGAUGGUGUUUGAACAUUUAGAGCAGCAGCCUUUGUUAUUAAUGCUGCUCUUUCAGCCUCUGCUCGGAUGCAGGCUGAGGAUGUGGAAGAUACACCUGAGUGUGAACUCCUGUUAGACCUGCGGCUGGAGGUUUGGGACACACUGUCAGGAGAUUUAACAUCAUCUUUCUCAUCAGUGCAUUCAUCAGGUUUCUCUGCUGCUGGGGCUGCACCUGAAAUCCAUUUGGACACAGUAACAAGAAAUGCAUGAAUAUGCUGCCAUUUGGGUUCAUACCAAUUCAACAUGUCAUUUUUUUCUUUCAUCCUCAGGUAUUUAUUUUUAUUUAACCUUUAUUUAACCAGGUAGGCCAGUUGAGAACAAGUUCUCAUUUACAACUGCGACCUGGUAUCAUGUGAUAGGAAUCAAUCAAAUCUUUGAAUCCAUUCAACAUUUCAUUGAACUGAAGCAAGUUUUUUUUUUUUUUACAACUUCAAUAUUCUUAUUGUCAGUCAUCAGAUCAGUAACAAUGUUAAUUUUGCCAUUCAGCUUUCCCAGUUUAACCCUUCUGGAUUUUCACAUUUGGGAAACUUUCUUCUUCAAGGCCUUUUCUGAUAAAGACUCCUCCACUAGCGCCAUGUCGCCCCCAUACACAACGCUAUCUGCAGUGGUAGAAUUCUCUUCAGACGUAUUCCCUCAAUAGGCUAUCACAAUAAUAUCUAUAUUUCAAUAUGCAACCAUGAACAUGGAUCAAUAAGCGCUCCGGUGCGCUGCGCUCCUUUAACAGUGUAACUAUAUCAUUCAUCUUCACACUUCAAUGAAUUAGGCAGUGGAGAUUGGAAAUCGGUUUCUUUGCAUUCAAUCCUUUGUCCAAAUAAGUCACUCCAAUAGCAAACUUUCCAUUUAAUUUGAAUGCAUGAUAAAUGUAGCCAUAAACACUUAAAUGUACCCAUUAAUCAAUCCAACAGUUUGUGUGCUUGUUAGGCUACUUUACAUACCCAAGUGUGUCUUUUCUAUGCUGUAGUCUUGAGGCCACGCAAGUCCUUUGUUCCUUUUUUUACACGUCUUUCCAAACAAUCCAGCUUUUCAAUUCCAAAAGUAUUUUCCAGCUAAGUCUUUUGACUAAAUGUAGUGGCUAAAUUGUUCAACAUAAUUGUCCCUAUACAAUUUCCAUUUCAAUCCUUUAGCCACAAUGGAGAGUGGUGAAAUGUUAGUCUUGACGCGUACAAAUCCAAUGUCCAGAGUUUGAUUCAAGUUUUAAAAUAAUAAUCAAUUUAUUUGUUCUUCUGGAUACAAAAAUUUAAAGAAAAUUCUACCAAAACGAAUUCUGAUUAUUCAAACUAAAGAAACAAACAGCAUGGUAAACAUGGAACAUUGAAUAUUUUCCCGGUAUUUUACAAACGUUCCAUCCCGAGAAGAAAUCACUUUUCCACCGGGUAACCUGGUAUUUCCCGCCAAACCCAGAAGUGUCAUUCAAAAUCAUUAUAAAGCAGAUAAAUAGGCCUAUGUCUGGAUUUGAUUACAGCUUUGAUAAAAAAUGUAAGCCUGAUGCUACCUGAGCCUGAUGAGCCAUACAUUAAAUACAUUUAAUGAGCCCAAACCCCAAAAAGCCCAAAUGAUUGUGCCAUUAUCCAAUACAUAUUGUAUAUUAUAUACAGUUGAAGUCGGAAGUUUACGUACACUUAGGUUGGAGUCAUUAAAACUUGUUUUUCAACCACUCCACAAAUUUCUUGUUAACAAACUAUAGUUUUGGCAAGUCGGUUAGGACAUCUACUUUGUGCAUGACAGAAGUAAUUUUUCCAACAAUUGUUUAGACAGAUUAUUUCACUUAUAAUUCACUGUAUCACAAAUCCAGUGGGUCAGAAGUUUACAUACUGUGACUGUGCCUUUUAAACAGCUUGGAAAAUUCCAGAAAAUGAUGUCAUGGCUUUAGAAGCUUCUGAUAGGCUAAUUGACAUCAUUUGAGUCAAUUGGAGGUGUACCUGUGGAUGUAUUUCAAGGCCUACCUUCAAACUCAGUGCCUCUUUGCCUGACAUCAUGGGGAAAUCAACAGAAAUCAGCCAUGACCUCAGAAAAACAAUUGUAGACCUCCACAAGUCUGGUUCAUCCUUGGGAGCAAUUUCCAAACGCCUGAAGGUACCACAUUCAUCUGUACAAACAAUAGUACGCAAGUAUAAACACCAUGGGAUCACGCAGCCAUCAUACGCUCAGAAAGGAGACGUGUUCUGUCUUCUAGAGAUUAACGUACUUUGGUGCGAAAAGUGCAAAUCAAUCGCAGAACAACAGCAAAGGACCUUGUGAAGAUGCUGGAGGAAACAGGUACAAAAGUAUCUAUAUCCACAGUAAAACAAGUCCUAUAUCGACAUAACCUGAAAGGCCGCUCAGCAAGGAAGAAGCCACUGCUCCAAAACCGCCACAAAAAAGCCAGACUAUAAAAUUGUUUUUUAAAAAUAGAACUGUUUGGCCAUAAUGACCAUCGUUAUGUUUGGAGGAAAAAGGGGGUGCUUGCAAGCCGAAGAACACCAUCCCAAACGUGAAGCACGGGGGUGGCAGCAUCAUGCUGUGGGGGUGCUUUGCUGCAGGAGGGACUGGUGCACUUCACAAAAUAGAUGGCUUCAUGAGGAAGGAAUAUUAUGUGGAUAUAUUGAAGCAACAUCUCAAGACAUCAGUCAGGAAGUUAAAGCUUGGUCGCAAAUGGGUCUUCCAAAUGGACAAUGACCCCAAGCAUACUUCCAAAGUUGUGGCAAUAUGGCUUAAGGACAACAAAGUCAAGGUAUUGGAGUGACCAUUACAAAGUCCUAACCUCCAAUCCUAUAGAAAAUAUGUGGGCAGAACUGAAAAAGCGUGUGCGAGCAAGGAGGCCUACAAACCUGACUCAGUUACACCAGCUCUGUCAGGAGGAAUGGGCCAAAAUUCACCCAACUUAUUGUGGGAAGCUUGUGGAAGGCUACCCGACACGUUUGACCCAAGUUAAACAAUUUAAAGGCAAUGCUACCAAAUACUAAUUGAGUGUAUGUAAACUUCUGACCCACUGGGAAUGUGAUGAAAGAAAUAAAAGCUGAAAUAAAUCAUUCUCUCUACUAUUAUUCUGACAUUUCACAUUCUUAAAAUAAAGUGGUGAUCCUAACUGACCUAAGACAGGGAAUUUGUACUAGGAUUAAAUGUCAGGAAUUGUGAAAAACUGAGUUUAAAUGUAUUUGGCUAAGGUGUAUGUAAACUUCCGACUUCAACUGUAUAGGCUACUGCACAUUAUGCAUGACAGAAAAACAUAACAGCCCAUAGAUGUAGCUAGCUAUAUGCUCUCUUGGAUAAAUAAAUUAAACUAGCUCCAGUAGGCUUAUCUUUUUGAGUGUGAACUGUAUUACUGUACUGUACUGUAUUAUAUCGACUGGAAUUACUCACCUUGUUCAAACCAUGAUAAAGCAGGGAGAGAACAUGCAAUUCUGGUGCAGCUCAUGCGGCUUACAAAGUUACAAGUAUAGGCUAGCGAAUUUGAUUUUAAUUUUGAAAUAUAGUAGGGCCUAUUUGUAUAAUUUAGUAGGCUGACUCAUAUAUAUAUAUAUAUAUACCUUUCAUAAUAUUUCCCGUAAAGUUAAUAGCCUCUCCUCUUUCUCUCUCUAUUGUUGCAUCAUUCCUUUCCCGCUUUCAACAAUUAACUGAAAUAAGUUUUGUUGUCUUUAUCUUCAUUGCAUUUACAUUUACGUCAUUUAGCAGACGCUCUUAUCCAUCAUUCUGAUGACAUGAUUGAAUAAUAUAGGACUAGAAUAAAAUGCGUAUGGGUUUCCCUUCUCUUCACAAAGAUGUAAUGGUUAUGGGUCUGAAUAAAUAACUGCUAUUAUAGCUUACCACCAUCGCGCAUUCGCUCUUCUUUCAAACUACCCGUGAGUUCUAUUGGCUUCUGUAUUUAACAUUCAGCAAACGAGCUUGCGUCCCUCUUCGAAUAGUCUGUUGGUAUAAGAAAUGCUAAAAGAAAUCAUGUCCAGCAAGCUAUUCUAGGGUAGCUUUUCUUGCAUGGGUCUCCAAGAGCUAAGGAGCAUUUUUUAAGGAGAGAGGCCAGUGGAGCACAAGUGUGUGUGUAUUGCACAAGAGACAGAGGCUAUAUAUUAGAAGCUUAUUAUGCAUUAUAUUAGCUGCAGCAAAUAUAGGCCUACCUGUCACAUGAUGAGAUGAUAGGUCUACAUGCAUUGUGAAUUGCGCUCCAUACUGAGAUGGGCAGUCUGUCCCCACCCUGAGCAUUGAUGAAUCAUCAUGCAGAGAGCAGCGAGAAGGCCGUAGAGAAGCCAGAUUUAGACAUUGCAUAUAAUUGAACAGUUCCAUUUCACGUCAUGCUGUUCAUAUAAAUAAUUUAUUAUAAUUUACCGGUUUCUCGCAGUUAUUUAUCCCAGUGAAAGGGAGUGGUUUUGACCAAUUCGGCACAUUUGGGUAGACUUGAUACAAAAUAGUCCAGUAUUGCAAUGCUUCACUGGAUCAAUCUGAAACUUUGAGCACACACUGCUGCCUAGUGGGCAAAAUCGAAAUUACGCCUAAACUGCAAUAUUAUAUUGUGGCCUUUCGCUUGCAUUUCAAAGAUGAUGAAAAAAAAAAUAAUAAUAGAAAACGCAUGUUUUUUUGUUUGUAUUAUAUUUUACCAGAUCUAAUAUGUUAUGUUCGCCUACAUUCAUUUCACAUUUCCACAAACUUCAACACGUUUCCUUUCAAAUGGUAUCAAGAAUAUGCAUGUCCUUGCUUCAGGUCCUGAGCUACAGGCAGUUGGAUUUUGGUAUGUCAUUUUAGGCUAAAAUGGAAAAAAAAGUGUCAGAUCCUUAAGAGGUUAACUGUUUUCUCCAUUGGCCUGAGAGGGUGUACACACACUUGACAGGGGAUUAGUGGCAAACACACAUACAACCGAAAUUCAUCAUGAAUUGGAAACAUACAAAUAUACAAUAUAACCUAUUUGGCUCCUACACCGUUAACAGCACAAACAAAUUGUGCACUCAUAAGUUUAAUGCAACGGCAGUAAUGGAGUUUAUCGAAAUGGAAAUGUUUAUACUUGGUGGGCAUGAAUGGAGAAUGGUGGUUCAAUGUGAUGAGAGAGCAGUAGAGAGCUUGCAUCAUCACACAAGCCAUUGUUUAUAGGGAUUAUAUAUAUGUGUGUCUCUUAAUUGGCCUGGGCUAUUGUUUGCAUUCAAGACCAGGUCGUUUUUAUUUCUCUGUUUGUCACUGUCAGAGUAGCCACUUAUUUCGGUAAUUUGUGUGCUUUUCAAAAAGAUUCUGCUUAUGUCAUCUAUCAUGUAAAUGAAUAGAAUUGCAUUAAAUGCAUACAAAUAAAGCAAUUUUAUUUUCCAGAUCCUGCAAAAAAAAAUAAUGUGUGUUAAUCCAAAAAACAUGUCUGCUCAACUGUAUGCCACUACGCAAAUGCGAUUUAUAGAUGCAUGCAAUGCUCUAUUAUAAAGGGCAUUUUCUUCACCACCCUGGCAGCACCCCCAACUCAAAACAUCUUCCCGCAGCCAUGCAAGGUGGCUUUCCUCUUUUGUUCUCUAUUGUUCCUCAAGCAAGGGGGAGGCCGAUGACAUCACAGAUUCCCAUCAGACCAACUCCUUGAAGUUUGCAGUUGUGAUUAAAAAACACUAAUUUGCUCAAAACAUAUUUUUUUACCCUUUAGUGUGUGUACUUUACUGUAUUUAUACUUGGGAUAUCGCUUUUCAACAGGACGUCUUUUAAUCCAUGAGGUUCAGCUGUGUUCACUCACAAGCCAGCAGGCACGUUCCAGUCUGAUUACUUCUAGCUUCAAGUGCAGGGGAGGGCAUGGAUAUGAAGUUGCUACCCCUCACAGCACGACAGGUAGAAGAAAGACCAUUCUAGACCAUCUACAAAGAUCCCUCUAGGCCCCAUGAAGAAAAAGUGUCAUUCCGCCUAGGUCUUCCUCUACAUACCCUACUGUAUAGUCUCUAUACAUGCAAUGCUCACCUACAGAGGAGGUUUUAACUGCAUGGUUUUAGCAUUGAACCACAUGCUAAUUGACACGUCAGAACACAAAAGCAACGCCACCUCACUGCCUGGAAGGUGCAUCAAAGCUGGGACCGAGAGACGGCUAUCUCAAGGCCAUCGGACUGUUAAAUAGCCAUCACUAGGCGGCUCCCACCCGGUUACGUAACCCUUCACCUUAGAGGCUGCCGCCUCAUAUACAUAGACUUGAAAUCACUGGCCACUCUAAUAAUGUUUACAUAUUUUUGCUUUACUCAUCUCAUAUGUAUAUACUGUAUUCUAUUCUACUGUAUUUUAGUCUAUGCCACUCCGACAUUGCUCAUCCUAAUAUUUCUAAUAUUUAUAUAUUCCUUAAUUCCAUUAUUUUACAUUUAGGUUGUGUGUAUUGUUGUGAAUUGUUAGAUAUACUGCACUGUUGGAGUUAGAAACAGAAGCAUUUCGCUACACCCGCAAUAACAUCUGCUAAACAUGUGUAUGUGGCAAAUAAAAUUUGAUUUUUAUUUAAUUUGGAACAGAUCCAUUAACAGAGCACAGUCCCUUGAAUGUCCUUCCGCUAGACCUAAGAGCAGAGGGGGCCUAUAAUUAACAACAUCUGGACCUGGAAGGCCUGUUUGGCUUUAUCUACUGGGUAGUGAAGUUGAUGUGCAUGUCACUGUAAUGGCUAUAUGAGGAUGGGUGGACUUCAACCAUCAGACAUGUAAAUAUUGGCAUUAUUCGCCAAACGAAUGAGUAGUUAUGUUGAACUGCACUGUAAGACUACCACCAUCUGACAUGCAAAUGCUUACAUUGUUUUGCAACUAGUAAGUUAAUAGAAGGAAAGUAGCUUGAAUCACUCCAAUUGAGAUGACCGAGGGAAUUGAGAAUGGGGGGAGUGAAAAUAGAGAUUGUGGUGGGGGGGGGAGAUGGAAUACAGAAAGAAAGAACAUGUAGAAAGUGGACACAGCAGAAGGUUUACAUCAAGAGACAAGCAGAGAGAGAAAGAGAACUGGAUAGUCACAGGGAGAGAGAGCUGGUGAGAAACAUACAUAGAAAGAAAGACUGCUCUUCUCGUUUCCACAGAAAAGGAACAUUAGAUGGAUAAAGGGGAGGGAGAAGGCGAGAAACACAGAUGUUUCUAUAGUCUGAUCUCCUUUUCACAGAUGUUUCUAUAGUCUGAUCUCCUUGUCUUUCCACAGAUGUUGACACUACCAAGGACCCCUGUCAGAAGGUGAAGUGUAGCCGACACAAGGUGUGUAUUGCCCAGGGAUACCAGAGGGCUGUGUGUGUCAACCGCAAGAAGCUUGAGCACAGGUGAGUGUGUCUAGCCCCCAAGCAAGAUGGUUGAUGAAUUUGACUUGACGUGCACUCAAAGAGAUAAAUGUGUGAACACUAAGCACAUGCGCGCACACAUACUAACGCAAGCAAGCACGCACCCACUCACAUGCGCACACACACACACUGUGACCUUCAAGGACUAGAUGCAGUAUGCUGUCACAUCCCAGUCAAUGGAAAUUCUAAUGUUGCUAAGGUUAGUGCCACAUAACUAGAAUGAGAUUCUAUUUAUAUGGUUAGCACCCUAAAAGUGAAGUGUUUUCCCUCAUUACAGUCUGAUGUUGAAUGAUUCUGCUGCUGUGCUGUAGACAGAUGAUUAACCACCUCUAGGCAUACUGUACUGCACUGUUACUGUACGUCCCCAGGGAAACUCUAGCUCUAUAAAUACCCUGUGGUAGUUAUGAUACGAGGAAGGAUCCUCAGGACAUGUCUGUGGAUGUGUUACCGGGUAGAAAACCACUAAACUAGAUUAUCACAACACAAACUUUCACAAAAUAUAAUAUAAAUAUAUAGUAGGAUUAUGAGGUGGAAUUCAUUAAAGCCGAACUGAUGUAUGCAACUCAGUUUACUGUGAUGUUGCACGUGGGAAGUACUUUAUUGUAGCCACCAAGCCAUGGUAAGCAUUAUAGAACCUCUGUGCCCUCUGUGUACUGAGUGAAGCAUCCUGCUGAACUACUGUGUGUGUGUGCUCUGUAGACUGAAGCAACCUUCCCUGAGUUCUCCUGAGGGAGGAUGCCAGCCCUGUCCCAUCUCCUCCUCUGUUCCUGUGUGUGGCUCUGACGGACACAACUACGCGUCACAGGUACAGCAACACACAUGCACACACAUAAUGACAUGGGGGGAAUUGAGUUAUAUCCCAGAUACAGAUGAAAUAUUUAUAAAGGUGACUGUCGACUGACUGCACACCCUCAUUCAAAUCUCUCUCUGAAACGAGCAUUUAGAUGAAUAGAGCGUAGUCAUUUCAUUUCCUUUUUCCUCUUCAACAUAUCAUUUCUCAACAAGGUCAGAGACAGUCCCAGAAGACAAAGCAUAACUCAAUAGAAACACAUGGGAGAGAUGCCUCACCACAACAACCCUCUGGUCCUCCUGUUCCUCUCAGGCUAUUUAUCACAACCCUUUGUCAUUGUGUUGUAUAUCUCUGGACACUGUUCACCUCUAACAGUAUCUAUAUCAUUAUGUACAAGCUCUAGAUCCAAGAGACACAACACAACGGCCGUGUUUUAAUUCACUGAUAAUAACCACAAAACACAGAGAAACAUCGCCUGAUAAGAGAUGUUUGUGUUGCAGUGUAAAUUGGAGCAGCAGGCGUGCUUCACAGGGAAGGAGCUGACUAUGAAGUGUUCAGGUCUUUGUCCUUGUCCAACCGCACCCCCCGUCACAGAGACAGAGGUCAAGCAUGGUGAGUACGUAAAUGCAUGCAUACACACACACACACACACACACACACACACACACACACACACACACACACACACACACACAAAUGUGCACACACACCCAAAUGCACACACAUGCUCACACACACAAAACUGCAAUGCUAUACAAUAACUCUUUCUCUCUCCUUCUCAGAGAGUUGUACAGGACAGGACCUCUCUGAUCUGGGGGAGAGGCUGAGGGACUGGUUCCAGCUGCUGCAGGACAAUGCCAAGCUGAACAACAACAGCAAGACUGGAGCCAGCAACACAGCAGGGGCUAACACUGGAUCAGGUAAGAGAUAGAACAGAUGCAGAGCCUGUGGUCUAGCGGUAACGCUCCCGGCUUAUACGCGUAUACUCCUCUCCCCACCAGAGAUCGUGGUUCAAACUCCGCUCCAACCCUUUCAUUUCCUUAUCCCACCUGUCUGCCUCUGUCAUUGCAUGAAUGUCUCAAUAAAGUGAACAAAAAAAGAGACAGUAAAGUUAUUAUAGGGCCAGCACUGCAUCAGGUAAGAUUAAAAUAGGACCAGCAACAUACUGUAUCAGUUGCAACAGUGAAGAUAUUCUCCUUUCUUUUGCAAUCUAGUGACAUUUUGACUUACUGUAAUCCUGACGUCUACCACUGUUAUAUAUAUUUGAUCUGUAUAUGUGGUGGUCCUCUCUAGCUCAGCUGGUAGAGCACGGCGCUUGUAACGCCAAGGUAGUGGGUUCGAUCCCCGGGACUACACAAAAAAUGUAUGCACGCACGACUGUAAGUCGCUUUGGAUAAAAGCGUCUGCUAAAUGGCAUAUUAUUAUUAUUAUUAUUUUAUGUGGGUUUAACUCAUUCCCCUCCCCCUUUUCACUGUGUGUGUGUGUGUGUGUGUGUGUGUGUGUGUGUGUGUGUGUGUGUGUGUGUGUGUGUGUGUGUGUGUGUGUGUGUGUGUGUGUGUGUGUGUGUGUGUCUCUCUGUCUGUAGUCCUGGACAGGAGCGUGGUUGCCAGCUGUAAGGACUCUUUAGGUUGGAUGUUCUCAAAGCUGGACACAAACAGUGAUCUGUAUCUGGACCAGGCUGAGAUUGUAGCCAUUAACCUGGACAAGUACGAGGUCUGCAUCCGACCCUUCUUUAACUCCUGCGACUCCUACAGGGAUGGGAAGGUGUCUAUGGCCGAGUGGUGCCUCUGCUUCUGGAGAGAGAGUGAGUAUAUUGUGGGGAGAGGGGUGUGUUUCUGUGAGGGAGUGUCUGUGAGGGAGUGUGUGAGUGUGUGUGAGAGACGGCAAGGUCUGCACCGUUGCCUGGUAACUCUGUUUCUGGAGAGAGAGUGAACAUGGGGGAUAUUGUGUGUGUAGAUGGUGGGGUGGAGUGUGUAUGUCCAUGUGCAGUUAUGUGUGUGCAUUUUCCAUGUGACCUGGCAUUCAGAGUUCCCUACUGUGCCUGUGGCUAUACUAGGUACAGGUAUAACAACCUCCGUGUCCUCUCCCCUCUCGCCCUUCACCCCUUUUGUCCCUCUCACAGUCCAUCACAGUUUGUCUCCCCCCUCAUUGUUUUGGGGUAAUGGCCACCAUUGUGCAUUAACAACAUGACUGUAGCUUAUUGACAGGCUGGUCCUCCCAGAGCUCUCACAGAUUGUAUGUGUGUCAGCCAAGCAGAAACCAGACAAGACCUGUGUUUACCACUGGCCCUGCCUGGAACCACUGUCUGUGUCCCAAAUGGCUGUGUUGUGCACUACUUUUGGCCAGAGCCCAUUAAAGUAGUGUACUAUGUAGGGGCACAGCUUCUUUCGAGUCCAAAUCCACUGCAUAGCCUACAGAGGGGAGAACCUGAGAAACACAGUAGUUCAAAGUAACAUUUCAAUCAUGCAUAAUAAUGAAGAUUUGUGUGAAUGUUUGACUUCGGAAUUUUCUACAGAUUUUCUACGCCUAUCUGAAUUUUCAAGGAUUUGGCCAAUUGAUUUCAAAGUUUAGCAUUGACUUACCAAUAAAAGCUCAACCCCAUGUGUAUUUCUGUGUGUGUGCAUGCACACGUGCAUUAGUGUGUGUGUGUGUGUGUGUAUUGGAGUGCUGUACUUCAGCCUAGAUGUGUUUCCCUCUCAGAGCCCCCCUGCCUGGCUGAGCUGGAGAGGAUCCAAGUACAGGAGGGAGGCAAGAAGAAACUGGGUAUGCAUUAUGUUCCUGCAUGACUCACAUUUCCCAGAUGAACAUGUGUGCUUUGUGCUCGAGUGAGCGUGUGUGUGCCACCAUCAGUGUGCGUAUGCUUACUGUGUGUGUGUGUAUCACUGAUAGAGGAGUUUCAUUAAACAGAUGCCAAGCAGGAGGCAGGGAUAAUCCCCUGAUCAGCCCGGUGGAUUAUAGCUCCAUACUGACAAACGGCUAGGGGUUGUGGGAACCAGGGUGUAUGUGUGUGUGACGCUAUCCACAUGGCAGUGUGUGUGUCCGUGACACAAUGCGGACUGUGUAUGUGUGUGUGAUGCAGUACACUGAGUGUACAAAACAUGCUCUUUCCAUUUACAUUUUACAUUUACAUUUCCAUUUGAGUCAUUUAGCGGACGCUCUUAUCCAGAGCGACUUACAGUUAGUGAGUGCAUACAUUAUCUUUUUGAUUUUUCAUACUGGCCCCCCGUGGGAAUCGAACCCACAACCCUGGCGUUGCAAACGCCAUGCUCCACCAACUGAGCUACAUCCCUGCCGGCCAUUCCCUCCCCUACCCUGGACGACGCUGGGCCAAUUGUGCGCCGCCCCAUGGGUCUCCCGGUCGCGGUCAGCUACGACAGAGCCUGGCAUAGACUGACCAGGUGAAAGCUAUGAUCCCUUAUUGAUGUCACCAGUUAAAUCCACUUCAAUCAGGGGGAAAAAGUAUUUGAUCCCCUGCUGAUUUUUGUACGUUUGCCCACUGACAAAGAAAUGAUCAGUCUAUUAUUUUAAUGGUAGGUUUAUUUGAACAGUGAGAGACAGAAUAACAACAAAAAAAUCCAGAAAAACGCAUGUCAAAAAUGUUAUAAAUUGAUUUGCAUUUUAAUGAGGGAAAUAAGUAUUUGACCCCCUCUCAAUCAGAAAGAUUUCUGGCUCCCAGGUGUCUUUUAUACAGGUAACGAGCUGAGAUUAGGAGCACACUCUUAAAGGGAGUGCUCCUAAUCUCAGUUUGUUACCUGUAUAAAAGACACCUGUCCACAGAAGCAAUCAAUCAAUCAGAUUCCAAACUCUCCACCAUGGCCAAGACCAAGAUUGUAGACCUACACAAGGCUGGAAUGGGCUACAAGACCAUCGGCAAGCAGCUUGGUGAGAAGGUGACAACAGUUGGUGCGAUUAUUCGCAAAUGGAAGAAACACAAAAUAACUGUCAAUCUCCCUCGGCCUGGGGCUCCAUGCAAGAUCUCACCUCGUGGAGUUGCAAUGAUCAUGAGAACGGUGAGGAAUCAGCCCAGAACUACAUGGGAGGAUCUUGUCAAUGAUCUCAAGGCAGCUGGGACCAUAGUCACCAAGAAAACAAUUGGUAACACAGUACGCCGUGAAGGACUGAAAUCCUGCAGCGCCCGCAAGGUCCCCCUGCUCAAGAAAGCACAUAUACAGGCCCGUCUGAAGUUUGCCAAUGAACAUCUGAAUGAUUCAGUGGAGAACUGGGUGAAAGUGUUGUGGUCAGAUGAGACCAAAAUCGAGCUCUUUGGCAUCAACGCAACUCGCCGUGUUUGGAGGAGGAGGAAUGCUGCCUAUGACCCCAAGAACACCAUCCCCACCGUCAAACAUGGAGGUGGAAACAUUAUGCUUAGUGGGUGUUUUUGACAUGCGUUUUUCUGGAUUUUUUUGUUGUUAUUUUGCCUCUCACUGUUCAAAUAAACCUACCAUUAAAAUUAGACUGAUCAUGUCUUUGUCAGUGGGCAAACGUACAAAAUCAGCAGGGGAUCAAAUACUUUUUUCCCUCACUGUAGAUGAAGGGGUGGGGAUUUUAAGCCUUGAGACAAUUGAGACAUGUAUGUGUGCCAUUCAGAGGGUGAAUGUGCAAGAUAAAAUAUUUAAGUGCCCAUGAACGGGGUAUGGUAGUAGGUACCAGGCGCACCGGUUUAAGUGUGUCAAGAGUUGUAACACUGGGUUUUUCACGCUCAACAGUUUCCCUUGUGUAUCAAGAAUGGUCCACCACCCAAAGGACAUCCAGCCAACUUGACACAACUGUGGGAAGCAUCGGAGUCAACAUAGGCCAGCAUCCAUGUGGAAUGCUUUCGAGACCUUGUAGUCCAUGCCCCGACGAAUUGAGGCUGUUCUGAGGGCAAAAGGGGGUGCAAUUCAACAUUAGGAAGGUGUUCCUUGUUAGUACACUCUGUGUAUAUUGUGUGUGAGGUUUUCGUGUUUGUGUGUGUUUGCAUGUUUGUGCCUGCUUGUGCAUGCAUAUCGUGGGUUGUGUGUGUGUGUGUGUGUGUGUGUGUGUGUGCUGCUGACUUGGCUAAGCUGUGUAUCAAGGCUCUUCAAGGACACGGAGUGGAGCAAAGAGGAGACUGGGCAGAGUAUAGGAGAAAUUCUGCCAGUCUGAUACUCUGACACAGUUCCCUUGAAAGCCAAUCACCCAGGGACUAGAGGGCUGCCUCAGCUGAUAAGAAUACACCCCAAUGCAACAUUAUGCCAUUUAUUUACAUUAACACAUUUUUCAACUUAUUUUGCAUUUACAUUAAGUCCUAUGACAUCCUAUCCCAAUUUCAUCCCUUUUUGGGGAGCAAAUUCAGUCCCUCAGUAGGAGGCUGUUUUAAAAAGUAGUGCAUAUAUUAUAUUAUUAUAACCUACAGCUGAUAUAUUCUAAAGUGUCAGUGAUAAGUCUCAGUAGUCUUGUAAAGGUUAACUAGUCCAGAUUCAGAGCGUGUGUGGUCUUGUUCUCUCGUCAUUAGCCAGCCCCUUGGUGCAGCAGUAGUAUGCUGGCCAUGGAGUAUUAGAAUGUCAUUCUAUCUCUAUGGUACUGACUACACAGUUAUUCACCUCCAUCUCCUGCCUUCUUAAUGAAUGGAUAUGUGUACAUGAAACUUGAAAUAUGGCUGAUGAAUUGCCAGAAUGUAUAGCUUACUGGCCUACAGUAAGUUGCAUCGCCUGCGCAGCAGCCAACAGGAAUUGAAGCGGUGUCGUCCUAUGCUGUUGUAGUUGCAAGGCAUCGAAGAACUGGCAAAUUGUGGGUUUUGUCACUGUGGAGUAGGCAAGACGCCCCACAAACGACUGACACCAGCCCUUUGUGACGUUAUUGGUCUUCCCCAUGUCCUUCAGGACAGCAUCGUAGUAGUUCCACAUUUCUGAAAUCAAAAGAUUGAAACAUGUUAAACACCCAUUUGCCAUUGUAAUCAUCAUUGUUGCAAUAGCCUAUUAUAUUGACAUUAGAGUAAUAGCAUAUUAUACUAACAUUACUAUUAGUAUAUAAUUAUUAACCUAUUAGUAGGGCCUAUUUUGUUAGCCUAUUUCGUGUUAUUAGUAGUAUAAUACCAUUGCAUGGCCUAAUAAAAUGAUUGGCCUACAGGCAUCCAGACAAGUACAUACAGUGGGGAAAAAAAGUAUUUAGUCAGCCACCAAUUGUGCAAGUUCUCCCACUUAAAAAGAUGAGAGAGGCCUGUAAUUUUCAUCAUAGGUACAUGUCAACUAUGACAGACAAAUUGAGAAAAGAAAAUCCAGAAAAUCACAUUGUAGGAUUUUUAAUGAAUUUAUUUGCAAAUUAUGGUGGAAAAUAAGUAUUUGGUCACCUACAAACAAGCAAGAUUUCUGGCUCUCACAGACCUGUAACUUCUUCUUUAAGAGGCUCCUCUGUCCUCCACUCGUUACCUGUAUUAAUGGCACCUGUUUGAACUUGUUGUCAGUAUAAAAUACACCUGUCCACAACCUCAAACAGUCACACUCCAAACUCCACUAUGGCCAAGACCAAAGAGCUGUCAAAGGACACCAGAAACAAAAUUGUAGUCCUGCACCAGGCUGGGAAGACUGAAUCUGCAAUAGGUAAGCAGCUUGGUUUGAAGAAAUCAACUGUGGGAGCAAUUAUUAGGAAAUGGAAGACAUACAAGACCACUGAUAAUCUCCCUCGAUCCCUCGACGCAAGAUCUCACCCCGUGGGGUCAAAAUAAUCACAAGAACGGUGAGCAAAAAUCCCAGAACCACACGGGGGGACCUAGUGAAUGACCUGCAGAGAGCUGGGACCAAAGUAACAAAGCCUACCAUCAGUAACACACUACGCCGCCAGGGACUCAAAUCCUGCAGUGCUAGACGUGUCCCCCUGCUUAAGCCAGUACAUGUCCAGUCCCGUCUGAAGUUUGCUAGAGUGCAUUUGGAUGAUCCAGAAGAGGAUUGGGAGAAUGUCAUAUGGUCAGAUGAAACCAAAAUAUAACUUUUUGGUAAAAACUCAACUCGUCGUGUUUGGAGGACAAAGAAUGCUGAGUUGCAUCCAAAGAACACCAUACCUACUGUGAAGCAUGGGGGUGGAAACAUCAUGCUUUGGGGCUGUUUUUCUGCAAAGGUACCAGGACGACUGAUCCGUGUAAAGGAAAGAAUGAAUGGGGCCAUGUAUCGUGAGAUUUUGAGUGAAAACCUCCUUCCAUCAGCAAGGGCAUUGAAGAUGAAACGUGGCUGGGUCUUUCAGCAUGACAAUGAUCCCAAACACACCGCCCAGGCAAUGAAGGAGUGGCUUCGUAAGAAGCAUUUCAAGGUCCUGGAGUGGCCUAGCCAGUCUCCAGAUCUCAACCCCAUAGAAAAUCUUUGGAGGGAGUUGAAAGUCCGUGUUGCCCAGCGACAGCCCCAAAACAUCACUGCUCUAGAGGAGAUCUGCAUGGAGGAAUGGGCCAAAAUACCAGCAACAGUGUGUGAAAACCUUGUGAAGACUUACAGAAAACAUUUGACCUGUGUCAUUGCCAACAAAGGGUAUAUAACAAAGUAUUGAGAAACUUUAGUUAUUGACCAAAUACUUAUUUUCCACCAUAAUUUGCAAAUAAAUUCAUUAACAAUCCUACAAUGUGAUUUUCUGGAUUUUUUUUUCUCAUUUUGUCUGUCAUAGUUGACGUGUACCUAUGAUGAAAAUUACAGGCGCCUCUCAUCUUUUUAAGUGGGAGAACUUAAACAAUUGGUGGCUGACUAAAUACUUUUUUCCCCCACUGUACCCAUGGCAAAUUCCGGUGCUCUUCUUCGUCGUUUUUUACCGUUUCCCAUCGGGCGCCCAAUCCAUGUGUCCUCAAAGUCGGCCACAAAUGUGGACAGCGCCGGGUCCUGAAAGAACAGAGUUUCCUUCAUCUCCUUGAAACAUCUCAACACAUCAGCUGGUGGGACGAAUGUGAGCCUAUGAGGCAUCUUGAUGUGGAGGGCGAAGUUGGGGUCUCUCCAGUACUUUGAUCCCACCUCCAGGAUAGCGGGCAGUUGCUGCCUAAAAAGUGGACCCAGAUGGAAGAAGCAUCCCUGGUUACGGACCCCCGGAAACACCUUCUUGAAGGCCUUUACGGGAGCUGCUGGCUUGAAGUCAGUCAUGACGGAUUCUGGUUUCAGUUCUUUAGUGCAAGGAAGGCACGAGUGUAUGUCCGCAAAAAAAUAUAAAAUAGUAGGCUGUUAGAUUGCAUGUUGAUGUUUUUGAAUGCAUCACUAACUGAAACUACCCAUUUCCACUAGCAUUGCUACAUUCUCCAAAAAUGCUAGCCAGUUUUGUAUCCUUGCUAAAUAACCAGCUAAAUGUUUGAAUGGUUUGGAAGAAACAACCACAGCCUAGGGAUGUCAAAAAUAAGAUAAACUUUUUUUUUUUAUAGUGAACUAUCCCUUUAAAACAACUUUUUAAUAGGCUAAUGAAUGAUGAUGCCUAGGCCUACCUCAGACUUAUCGGGCAGCAUAAUAAUGGCUGCUGCAAUCACGUACUCCUGUCGCAUCAGGUCGUCUUCAUUUGGUGAAUAUGUGGGCAUCCCGUGGAUGGUAAAUACCUGCUGGAACGGACAUGAUACCUUUUUGAAUGUUCCAUUGGCAAACCAGUGAUCACAGUUGCACCGGAAUUCCAAGUUGUCUUUGGUUGUUAAGAUCAGAAACCUGUCUGGGUCUGGCCCACUGUUGUGCUGGAGAAACGGGUCUCCACAAUGCGUGGUUUGGUAGAUCUCGGAUAUUACCAGGUUGGAGAGGGUUGCAGGUCUAACCUGGCCUCCACCCACCGCCUUGCCAUGGCCCCCAGGGACUGUAGCCAGUACCGGCGGCAUCUGCUUGUCUUUGUUCUUUUGCCGGUGCCUCUGUAUACACUUUUUCAAGUUAUUUUCUGAGGGCAAAUAAUGCCUUCCAACACCUGGCACGGCCGAUGUAGCAGGCUCCAAAACGUGCAGCAUGCUUUCCUCAGUCUCCAAACUCCUCUUCUUCAGGUUGUUCAGUACCUGUCGGACUUCUGUCUGCUUUCCGUCCGGGAUGUGGUUGUGGUCUCCAGACACCUUGGAGAUAACCCCGUCAGUGAGGACGAUGCGACUUCGGCACAAGUAUGAAUUGUACUCAGUGCAUUUCCAGAAGGAUUUGUUGGCCAUAUCUCAUUCCUUUCUAUAGGUGUAUCCGCCAUGCCCCAGGAUUCUGCUUCCACACACAGAGAGGACAAACUUGGGUUCUAUAGUUCCAAAGUUGGGUUUCAUUGUAGCUCCAUUGGACCUCCUCAGAAAUUAAAGACUGCUGAGGAAAGGGGUGCUCUAUUUGUACAAAAUAUUGGGGUUAUUAGCAUACUAGUGAUUUGCCAGUCUAUUGUUGGACAAUCAAGGUCCUUCCAAAACUGCAGUUAUAAUAAUAUAUAAUAUAUAAUAUAUAAUAUAAUGUAUAAUAAUAUAAUAAUAUGCCAUUUAGCAGACGCUUUUAUCCAAAGCGACUUACAGUCAUGCGUGCAUACAUUUUUGUGUAUGGGUGGUCCCGGGGAUCGAACCCACUACCUUGGCGUUACAAGCGCCGUGCUCUACCAGCUGAGCUACAGAGGACCACACAAUGCAGUUCCUCCACACAAUGGGCAUGUGCCUAUUCAGAAUGCAUUAUGUUCCUAUUCAGAUGCAUUUCAGAAGUGUUUAUGUUGGGAAAGAAUGUGCACCUAUAGCUGCACCCACAGCAGUUAUGCCAAUAAUAGGCCACAGGUGUUAAUGUUUGGAAUGUUUGGAUCACCUUUAUGACUAUAUAAAUAUAUAUUGUUUUCUACAAUCAUGUGACAAUGAGCCUUUUUUUGUUCAUCUGUCAAUGACCAAGCUGUCUUCUAAUACAAACCACAAAAUGUAUCCUUAAAUAUAUAAAAUCAUAGGAUAAUUAAUAGUCAGUAAUAGGCCUAGAAACACAACUUAUUUGAUACAGUGGGGAGAACAAGUAUUUGAUACACUGCCGAUUUUGCAGGUUUUCCUACUUACAAAGCAUGUAGAGGUCUGUAAUUUCUAUCAUAGGUACACUUCAACUGUGAGAGACGGAAUCUAAAACAAAAAUCCAGAAAAUCACAUUGUAUGAUUUUUAAGUAAUACAUUUGCAUUUUAUUGCAUGACAUAAGUAUUUGAUCACCUACCAACCAGUAAGAAUUCCGGCUCUCACAGACCUGUUAGUUUUUCUUUAAGAAGCCCUCCUGUUCUCCACUCAUUACCUGUAUUAACUGCACCUGUUUGAACUCGUUACCUGUAUAAAAGACACCUGUCCACACACUCAAUCAAACAGACUCCAACCUCUCCACAAUGGCCAAGACCAGAGAGCUGUGUAAGGACAUCAGGGAUAAAAUUGUAGACCUGCACAAGGCUGGGAUGGGCUACAGGACAAUAGGCAAGCAGCUUGGUGAGAAGGCAACAACUGUUGGCGCAAUUAUUAGAAAAUGGAAGAAGUUCAAGAUGACGGUCAAUCACCCUCGGUCUGGGGCUCAUGCAAGAUCUCACCUCAUGGGGCAUCAAUGAUCAUGAGGAUUGUGAGGGAUCAGCCCAGAACUACACGGCAGGACCUGGUCAAUGACCUGAAGAGAGCUGGGACCACAGUCUCAAAGAAAACCAUUAGUAACACACUACGCCGUCAUGGAUUAAAAUCCUGCAGCGCACGCAAGGUCCCCCUGCUCAAGCCAGCGCAUGUCCAGGCCCGUCUGAAGUUUGCCAAUGACCAUCUGGAUGAUCCAGAGGAGGAAUGGGAGAAGGUCAUGUGGUCUGAUGAGACAAAAAUAGAGCUUUUUGGUCUAAACUCCACUCGCCGUGUUUGGAGGAAGAAGAAGGAUGAGUACAACCCCAAGAACACCAUCCCAACCGUGAAGCAUGGAGGUGGAAACAUCAUUCUUUGGGGAUGCUUUUCUGCAAAGGGGACAGGACGACUGCACCGUAUUGAGGGGAGGAUGGAUGGGGCCAUGUAUCGCGAGAUCUUGGCCAACAACCUCCUUCCCUCAGUAAGAGCAUUGAAGAUGGGUCGUGGCUGGGUCUUCCAGCAUGACAACGACCCGAAACACACAGCCAGGGCAACUAAGGAGUGGCUCCGUAAGAAGCAUCUCAAGGUCCUGGAGUGGCCUAGCCAGUCUCCAGACCUGAACCCAAUAGAAAAUCUUUGGAGGGAGCUGAAAGUCUGUAUUGCCCAGCGACAGCCACAAAACCUGAAGGAUCUGGAGAAGGUCUGUAUGGAGGAGUGGGCCAAAAUCCCUGCUGCAGUGUGUGCAAACCUGGUCAAGACCUACAGGAAACGUAUGAUCUCUGUAAUUGCAAACAAAGGUUUCUGUACCAAAUAUUAAGUUCUGCUUUUCUGAUGUAUCAAAUACUUAUGUCAUGCAAUAAAAUACAAAUUAAUUACUUAAAAAUCAUACAAUGUGAUUUUCUGGAUUUUUGUUUUAGAUUCCGUCUCUCACAGUUGAAGUGUACCUAUGAUAAAAAUUACAGACCUCUACAUGCUUUGUAAGUAGGAAAACCUGCAAAAUGGGCAGUGUAUCAAAUACUUGUUCUCCCCACUGUAUGUAACUGAGUAGGCUAAUGAAAAUGGAAUAUCACAUACACCGCAAUACAAAUAUAUGUAUUCUGUCUAAAAAAGCAUGUGUGCCUCCAUAUUUAACUUCCCCUUGUGUGUGUGUAUGUCUUAGGCCUGUUCAUCCCUAGCUGUGAUGAGGACGGAUACUACAGAAAGCUACAGUGUGAUCAGGCUAGAGGAGAGUGCUGGUGUGUCGACCAACACGGAGGGGAACUAGCCAGCUCCAGAAUCCAUGGCAACCCUGACUGUGGUAAGAGACCAUCAGGGUUCAAUUGCGCUCAAAUCUCAAACUGAUGGUGAAAACCCUGGCACACACUCAGUAUAGCACCUCACUCAUGUACUUGGUAGGCUACAGACCACCACACACAAUCGGUACGCCAAAACACACACACCCUCACACACUCAUUAUUGAUACCCAUACACAGUCGAAUGAUCAGUAUUGACCCAUCACACACACUCUUUACCCCAACACAUACUCACACACUCGUUGCAGAACCUCGACACACACAGUCUAUAUAGAUUGUCAUACACACUCGAUACAGAUCCCUACACACACUCGGUACAAUGCAGCUAGGGCUCAGGUCCACAGCACCACUGGCAGUCAGACACAGUGCCACAUUCAAAUCAUGUUGUCAGGGAUCAUUUGCAUUCUAAAGGUCCACUUGUCGCUGAGAGUAAAGUAUUUUAAGAUAAGUGGUUGUCUGGCUGGACGGAACCUGCUCCUGAUAAGAAUGUCUCCCCUGGCAUGGUUCAGAAACAGCCAUUAAAACCCAGACAAAGUCAAACACAUGCCCUUUACUUCACCAUUUUCAAAUUCACUCAGUGUUUUUUAACAAAUGUAUUUCUUGGAUUAAAUAGAUAGCCGGGAAGUACAGUCGUGGUCAAAAGUUUUCAGAAUGACACAAGUAUUGGUAUUCACAAAGUUUGCUGCUUCAGUGUUUUUAGAUAUUUUUGUCAAUGUUACUACGGUAUACUGAAGUAUAAUUACAAGCAUUCCAUAAGUGUCGAAGGCUUUUAUUGACAAUUACAGUAAGUUUAUGCAGUGUUGACCCUUUGUUUUCAAGACCUCUGCAAUCCGCCCUGGCAUGCUGUCAAUUAACUUCUGGGCCACAUCCUGACUGAUGGCAGCCCAUUCUUGCAUAAUCAAUGCUUGGAGUUUGUCCGAAUUUGUGGGUUUUUGUUUGUCCACCCGUCUCUUGAUGAUUGAACACAAGUUCUCAAUGGGAUUAAGGUCUGGGGAGUUUCCUGGCCAUGGACCCAAAAUGUUGAUGUUUUGUUCCCCGAGCCACUUAGUUAUCACUUUUGCCUUAUGGCAAGGUGCUCCAUCAUGCUGGAAAAGGCAUUGUUCGUCACCAAACUGUUCUUGGAUGGUUGGGAGAAGUUGCUCUCGGAGGAUGUGUUGGUACCAUUCUUUAUUCAUGGCUGUGUUCUUAGGCAAAAUUGUGAGUGAGCCCACUCCCUUGGCUGAGAAGCAACCCCACACAUGAAUGGUCUCAGGAUGCUUUACUGUUGGCAUGACACAGGACUGAUGGUAGCGCUCACCUUGUCUUCUCCGGACAAGCUUUUUUCCGGAUGCCCCAAACAAUCGGAAAGGGGAUUCAUCAGAGAAAAUGACUUUACCCCAGUCCUCAGCAGUCCAAUCCUUGUACCUUUUGCAGAAUAUCAGUCUGUCCCUGAUGUUUUUCCAGGAGAGAAGUGGCUUCCUUGCUGCCCUUCUUGACACCAGGCCAUCCUCCAAAAGUCUUCGCCUCACUGUGCGUGCAGAUGCACUCACAGCUGCCUGCUGCCAUUCCUGAGCAAGCUAUGCACUGGUGCCCCGAUCCCGCAGCUGAAUCAACUUUAGGAGACGGUCCUGGUGCUUGCUAGACUUUCUUGGGCGCCCUGAAGCCUUCUUCACAACAAUUGAACCUCUCUCCUUGAAGUUCUUGAUGAUCCGAUAAAUGGUUGAUUUAGGUGCAAUCUUACUAGCAGCAAUAUCCUUGCCUGUGAAGCCCUAUUUGUGCAAAGCAAUGAGGUGAAAAAUCUGUCGAUGUGCCCUUAAGCAAGGCACUUAACCCUAAUUGCUCCUGUAAGUCGCUCUGGAUAAGAGCGUCUGCUAAAUGACUAAAAUGUAAAUGUAAAUGUAAUGACGGCACGUGUUUCCUUGCAGGUAACCAUGGUUAACAGAGGAAGAACAAUGAUUUCAAGCACCAUCCUCCUUUUUAAAGCUUCCAGUCUGUUAUUCUGACUCAAUCAGCAUGACAGAGUGAUCUCCAGCCUUGUCCUCGUCAACACUCUCACCUGUGUUAACGAGAGAAUCACUGACAUGAUGUCAGCUGGUCCUUUUGUGGCAGGGCUGAAAUGCAGUGGAAAUGUUUUUUGGGGAUUAAGUUCAUUUUCAUGGCAAUAGGGACUUUGCAAUUAAUUGCAAUUCAUCUGAUCACUCUUCACAACAUUCUGGAGCAUAUGCAAAUUUCCAUCAUAAAAACUGAGGCAGCAGACUUUGUGAAAAUUAAUAUUUGUGUCAUUCUCAAAACUUUUGACCACAACUGUAUACAUGCAGGCAACGGAAGUUAACUUCGAAUGAAAUGUCAUAUUUGGAUACAGGUACAUUGAUUAAUUCAAUCUCUCUCUUUCUUCUCCUCCCAUCUCUCUGUCUCUCAGUCUCUUCUCCAGAUGAGGCGGUGACAUAUUCAGGAGAUUUUGGCAGUGGGGUCGGAUGGGAGGAUGAGGAAGAUAAAGAAGCGGAGGAGAAUGAAGAGGAAGGAGAGGCGGAUGACGGAGGAUAUAUUUGG